CCUCCCUGCCAGGCGAGCUCCGGCGCCGCUUUAUCGGGCGUGGCCUCCCGCAAAGGAUCAUGGGGUGAUCUUGUCCUUUUAAGCUGGGCUGCCGCGAUUCGGAGCUCCGGGCGGGUUUUGGUUUUCCCCUAAUGGUCUCGGCGCCCGCAAUAAACUCCUUUCCCGGCGUCUUGGGAGAAUCUUUGUUAAGCAGCGCCGCCGUUCAUCCGCGCGCUCCUCAGCUGCUCGCUCCUUCUAAGGGAAGUGUCCUUUGCCGCCUGCUCCCUUGGGGUCCCUUGCGCCCCCUCGUUUCCCCGGCCGGCUGGCGGGCCUGGGAAACGGCUUCCGACCCCGCUGUGCAGCUGGGCCUUCCCCUCAGCUCGAAGGCGGCUCCCAGGGUAAGCUGGCCCGAGGCAGCCUGGCUCGCGGGGCUGCUGGCGGGACAGCCUGGGAGCCGAGGCAACAGAAGCCCGCGCGUCAAGAUCCACGAGGAGCGGAGCACCGCGGCCUCGCCGGUGAUUUCAUAGGCUUGGUCCCGGACCUGCUGAUCCGCAGCUGGAAUUAAAUUCCCAUCCCUCCUUGCUGAAAACUCAGAAGCCGUCGUGCGGGCAGCUGUCUGGAAUUUUCGCCAGGAGGCGCGUGGACUUUCAAUAUAGAUAAUAGAUCCUCUCUCUCUAGCCAACAUAUAUUCCAGAUAUCCAGGGGCAAGAGCAGUCCCUGCCCCCUCUCUGCCAAGCAUUGGCCAGAUCGCAUGGGGUCACAGGCGCCCGCACAGGGUCGGUGUCCCUUUCGUUGGAAGAAACUUUCUCUGAACGACAUUGUGGAGACUCUCGUGCUUUAAGAAAUAGGGUUUAUUUGUCUGUAUGGAGGGCGUCCGGAGCAUGGCAGGCAGUCCUUCCUUCACUCAAGAGCAGCUACCCUGGUCCCACCUGGGACCAGGAGUUGUGGACGAGCCUCGGUGGCUCUCUCGCAAUGCUGACAGCUCUGCUCUUGCCUCCGCCAGCUAGACAGGUUUGCAAAAGGCAGCCCAGGAGUUCCCUUGCAGUUUAUAUUCUCUCUUCAUAUCGCAAACAACCCCAAAUCCUAGCAUUUAUUACUUUUAGGGCUUAGGGGGACCCCUCCCCCCACAAGUUCUUUUACACCAGUUACAGUAGCCUCUUUAUCCUUGAAGCAAGUCUGAGGGCUCAGCGGAACUCCUCGGGCUGCAGGAGAGACUCUCCAUCCUAGGCGGGGUCGGGAGACCCCCCCAAGCCAAAGCCUUUCUUUUUUUCUGGCGGAAAACCCCCAGGAGAGUGACCCACGGCCCUUCCCACGCGCCUGCCUUCCUUCCCCGCCCCUUCCGCCCAGCGAGACUUCCGCUUCCGGCGGCGCUGUCGACCAUGGCGGCCCUUCGGCGGCUGGCGGGCGUGCAGAGGUUGCUGGGGUUACCGGCCCGGGCGGCCCGCGCUGUCUCUUCCGGGGGACCGGCCAGCUCCUCGGCGACGGUGCAGGUGCCGCCCGCCUCGAGCCCCGCGCAGGUGGCGCCUCCGCGCAAGCACCACGACGACGACGACGAGGGGGUGUCCGUCUUCAUGAAGGUGAGCGCGGGGGGGGGGCGAGACGCGCGAAUCCUGCCCGUCAGUUCCCAGGGCCACGAGCCCCGGGGAUCCUGGAAGAGUAGAAGGCACCCCGAGCUCUGCGGAGGGAGCUACCUGCCUAACCCAGAGGCUUCCUUGCAAGGGGCAAAAGAACAUGGCUUUUUGAAUGUCCCAGGCAAACGUCUUGUCACCGGGGGCGAACCACAGACACCCAGGGAAGAAGGAGCAAGCAGGGAAUAAAGAUCAGCAUUGGGAUCCGCUGCCCCUGGGGGUCAUGCAGGGGGAGGCGGUUGCUAACCCUGGUCCCUGGGAUGCUGUUCUUCGGUGUUUUCUGGGCAGUGUGGAUGCUUCAGGGACCUGCACCUGUGCUGUGCUGCAGGAUUCCAGUGCCCAGUAGCACCUUAGAGACCAACUAAGUUUGUUCUGGGUAUAAGAUUUUGUGUGCACACGAAAACUUAUACCCAGAACAAACUUAGUUGGUCUCUAAGGUGCUACUGGACAUUUAUUUAUUUUUUUAUUUAUUUCGACUGCAUCAGACCAACACGGCUACCUACCUGAAUCUAAGAUUCCAUUGCUUUCUUGCCUCUGCAUGCAGGACGGUGCCACUGCCAGAGAGCAAGGGACAGAUCAAUGAUACAGGGAGUUUCCUCUGUCUUUGAGAAGCAUUAAGUGGUAGGUGCUUCCAGCAGUGGCAUAGGAACACAGGAAGCUGCCUUAUACUGAGAUCAGAUACAUGGUUCCAUCCAGGUAAGUAUUGUCUGCACUGAUUGGCAGUAGCUCUGUAGGAUAGAGGAGUCUCUCCCAGCCCUACCUCGAAGUGUCAGGGAUUGAGCAUGACGGCUUCUCAGUGCAAAGCAGAUUUUCUGCCAUGUGGUUGUGGUUCACUUUCAGUGAAUGCUUCAGACUCACUUGUGGGUAUCACUGUUGUACUGGGUAGAGAGUUAUUCAAUGCACACUGAAGAUAGCUUUGGGACUUUCUUAAUUUUUGAAAACUGUCGCAGGUUCAUGUUCUUGGUGAUUACAGUAAUUUUUGCCCAAAUUAAUCAUUGAUUUUACAACAGACUAAAACUAGAGUCACUUGAGCUCCAUCUGUCACCGUGAAAGAUUCAUUAUGUUUCUUAACUAAUGCUAUGUGAAAACUAGCCCAGGAUAGCACUUCAAUAUGCAAUGCUGCUUGCCAUUGUAUUGUGCACACUUGUAUAUAUCUCAAUAGUGUGCUAGAUAGAGAGAAGUUUUUCUCCCUCUCAUAACACUGAAACCUAGGAUUACCUAAAGAAGCUGAAUGGGGGAUGUCACUCCUGUGAGGCUCUUCCAUAUGUCCUCCUCUGUCCCUCCACUUUGCUGGAACACUUGUGUGGUACCAGAUACUUAUUUAGAAUAUAUACGAUUCUAAGAAUCUCUAAAACAAUAGUAACAACAUUAACAAAAUAGCUUAGAAUCAUAGAAUCAUAGAGUUGGAAGAGACCACAAGGGCCAUCGAGUCCAACCCCCUGCCAAGCAGGAAACACCAUCAGAGCACUCCUGACAUAUGGUUGUCAAGCCUCUGCUUAAAGACCUCCAAAGAAGGAGACUCCACCACACUCCUUGGCAGCAAAUUCCACUGUCGAACAGCUCUUACUGUCAGGAAGUUCUUCCUAAUGUUUAGGUGGAAUCUUCUUUCUUGUAGUUUGGAUCCAUUGCUCCGUGUCCGCUUCUCUGGAGCAGCAGAAAACAACCUUUCUCCCUACUCUAUGUGACAUCCUUUUAUAUAUUUGAACAUGGCUAUCAUAUCACCCCUUAACCUCCUCUUCUCCAGGCUAAACAUGCCCAGCUCCCUUAGCCGUUCCUCAUAAGGCAUCGUUUCCAGGCCUUUGACCAUUUUGGUUGCCCUCCUCUGGACACCUUCCAGUUUGUCAGUGUCCUUCUUGAACUGUGGUGCCCAGAACUGUACACAGUACUCCAGGUGAGGUCUGACCAGAGCAGAAUACAGUGGCACUAUUACUUCCCUUGAUCUAGAUGCUAUACUCCUAUUGAUGCAGCCCAGAAUUGCAUUGGCUUUUUAGCUGCCGCAUCACACUGUUGGCUCAUGUCAAGUUUGUGGUCAACCAAGACUCCUAGAUCCUUUUCACAUGUACUGCUCUCAAGCCAGGUGUCACCCAUCUUGUAUUUGUGCCUCUCAUUUUUUUUGCCCAAGUGCAAUACUUCACAUUUCUCCCUGUUAAAAUUCAUCUUGUUUGUUUUGGCCCAGUUCUCUAAUGUGUCAAGGUCGUUUUGAAGUGUGAUCCUGUCCUCUGAGGUGUUAGCCACCCCUCCCAGUUUGGUGUCAUCUGCAAAUUUGAUCAGGAUGCCCUUGAGUCCAUCAUCCAAGUCGUUGAUAAAGAUGUUGAAUAAAACCGGGCCCAAGACAGAACCCUGUGGCAGCCCACUAGUCACUCUUCUCCAGGAUGAAGAGGAACCAUUGAUGAGCACCCUUUGGGUUCGGUCAGUCAGCCAGUUACAAAUCCACUGAGUGGUAGCAUAGUCAAGACCGCAUUUUACCAGCUUCUUUACAAGAAUAUCAUGGGGCACCUUGUCAAAUGCCUUCCUGAAAUCAAGGUAGGCUACAUCCACUGCGUUCCCUUCAUCUACCAGGCUUGUAAUUCUGUCAAAAAAUGAGAUAAGGUUAGUCUGACAUGACUUAUUUUUCAGAAAUCCAUGCUGACUAUUGGUGAUCACAGCAUUCCUUUCUAGGUGCUCACAGACUGUUUGCUUAAUGAUCUGCUCCAGAAUCUUCCCUGGUAUUGAUGUCAGACUGACUGGGCGGUAAUUAUUAGGGUCCUCUCUUUUCCCCUUUUUGAAAAUAGGGACAACGUUUGCCCUCCUCCAGUCUGCCGGGACUUCGCCUGUUCUCCAGGAAUUCUCAAAGAUGACUGCCAGUGGUUCUGAGAUCACAUCUGCCAGUUCUUUUAAUACUCUUGGAUGCAGUUCAUCUGGCCCUGGAGACUUGAAUACAUCUAAACUAGCCAAGUAUUCUUGUACUAUCUCCUUAGUUAUUCUGGGCUGUGUUUCCUCUGCUGAAUCCUUUGCUCCAAAUUCUUCAGGUUGGGCAUUGUUUUCUUUAUCGGAGAAGACUGAGGCAAAGAAGGCAUUGAGGAGUUCAGCCCUUUCUGUGUCCCCUGUUUGCAUUUCACCAUCUUCUCCUCUGAGUGACCCCACUGUUUCUUUGUUCUUCCUUUUGCAACUGAACAAACCCAUAAAAGCCUUUUUUGUUGCUUUUAACCUCUCUAGCAAGCCUGAGUUCAUUCUGUGCUUUAGCUUUUCUGACUUUGUGUCUACACGUGCUGGCUCGUUGUUUGAAUUCCUCUUUGGUGGUUUGCCCCCUUUUCCAUUUUUGUACACAUCCUUUUUAAUCUUAACUCAGUUAAAAGUUCUUUAGAUAGCCACCCUGGCUUCUUUAGGCACCUUCCAUGUUUCCGUCUCAUUGGUAUUGCCUGAAGUUGUGCUUUUACUAUCUCCCUCUUAACAAACUCCCAGCCAUCAUGAACUCCCUUUCCUUUUAGUAUUACUGUCCAUGGGAUCUCACCCAGCACUUCCCUAAGUUUUAUGAAGUCGGCUUUCUUAAAGUCAAGAAAUUGAGUCCUAGUAUGCUUGGCUGCUCCUUUCCGCUGUAUAGUAAACUUCAGAAGAGCAUGAUCACUCGCGCCUAAUGAUCCUUCCACUUCUACCCCACUAACCAGGUCAUCAACAUUGGUUAGGACCAGAUCUAAAAUGGCUGUUCCUCUUGUUGCUUCUCCCACUUUCUGGACAAUGAAGUUGUCUGCAAGGCCAGUGAGGAAUCUGUUUGACCUUAUGCCCUUGGCUGAGUUUGACAUCCAACAAAUAUCCGGGUAAUUGAAGUCCCCCAUUACUACUAUCUCACUUCCUGUUGCAUGCUUGGCCAUCUGUUCCAGGAAGGCAUCAUCUAUGUACUCCGUUUGGCUUUGGGAUCUAUAGUAAACGCCCACAAUGAGGUCACUGUUAUUCUUCUCUCCCUUAAUUUUGACCCAAAUGCUCUCACUUUGGCUUUGAGGUUCUAAAUCUUGGAUCUCUUCACAGGUAUACACAUCCCUGACAUAUAACGCCACUCCUCCUCCUUUCUUGUCUGGUCUGUUUCUCUGAAAUAGAUUGCAUCCCUCCAUUAUUACAUUCCAAUCGUGGGACUUAUCCCACCAGGUUUCAGUGAUGCCUAUUAUGUCAUAUUUAGUUUGCUGUACCAAGACCUCAAGCUCAUCUUCUUUAUUUCCCAUGCUUUGUGCAUUAGUGUACAGACAUUGAAGUCCAUUAAUCAUUCCCCCGUGUCUCUUAUUUAAGGAUUUUUUCCUCCCACCACUAGGUCUGCGUGCUGUUUGCUCCAUUUGGUCUAUGACAUUUGGAUGAUCAUCUUCAUCAAUUGAUAGACUCCUACCUUCAGGAGCACUGUCUCCCUCCCCACAUUAGUCAGUUUAAAGCCCUCCUGAUGAGGUUUCUGAGAUUUUUGGCAAAAACAUUCCUCCCAACCGUUGUGAGGUGCAGCCCAUCGCUUGCCAGAAGUCCAUCUUCAAGAAACUGCAAUCCGUGAUCUAAGAAUCCAAACCGUUCCUGUUUACACCAUUUGCGAAGCCAGCUGUUCACUUCCACUAUUUUUCCCUCUUUCCCUGGGCCACGUCGUUCAACUGGGAGGGCAAAUGAGAUGACAAUUUGUGCAUUUAAUUGCUUCAAUUUCCUGCCCAGAGCCUCGUAGUCUCUUUUGAUCUUCUGGAGGCUAUUGCUUGCAGUGUCAUUGGUUCCCACAUGAACCAAGAGGAAGGGGUAUUUGUCAGUGGGUUUUAUGAUUCCUUGCAGUCGUUCAGUUACAUCUUGGAUCUUAGCCCCAGGGAGACAGCACACUUCCCGAGACAUCUUGUCAGGCCCACAGAUCACUGCUUCUGUUCCCCUCAGUAGGGAAUCCCCUAUCACCACUACACGCCUCCUCUUAGGUUUGGUUGGGGUUCUUCCGUGAGCUGUCCGUUCCAAGGUCGCCUGCACAUUCCCUGAGGACUGACUUUGCUGCUCGUCUUCAUAUACCUUAUCGACUGUAAUGAGGGAGAGAUCCUCAAAUGGAGUCUGCUCUUCGUCUUCCAUGCUAGGGGAGAGGACCUCAAAGCGAUUGUGUAUUUCUAAACAAUCAGAGGGAACCCUGGGCCUCCUACUUCUUUGAGUAACGUUUCUCCAUAUAUCUGGCUCCUGUGUUGGUGAACUAGCCUCCUUCUCAGGGGAUUCCCCUGUUUCCUCCUUGGUGGAGACGGUGUGCUCUGUUGCUUCCAAGAAGAGCUCCAGCUCUCUAAUUCUUUGGAGCAUAGCUACAAGUUCCUCCAGUUGCUGGACUUUGUCUUUUAAGAGGGAAAUCAACAUGCAAUUGCUGCAGGUAAAGCUGCCUGCAACCUUUCGCAAGAUGGCAAACAUUGCGCAGGAACCGCAGGCGACUGCAGCUGUUCCCUCCCCCUCCAUCUUGAGAAUGUGUCGUUGGGGGUGGCUACAGCGGUCCUCCAUCAUAAAAAGCGUGAAGACAGGACAAAUAACUCCCCCCCAACCUCUUCCUUUCUUCCAUGUGGCAAAGCAUUCGAGAAAACAGGACUGAGGACCAGGUCCCGACAGCACACAGGCAGCUUUCCACUUACAGUUGUCUCCUUCGAAGUCUUAUUUUGAGGCCUUAUUUUGCCAUGCAUAUUUCUAAAGCUGAGGCUCUGAAGCACAAUACAGAGUUCUUAGUUCUUCAGCAUCCGCAGUGCGUUAUUGCAGGCAUGUCCAACUUCAAGUAGGCUGUGAUCUACUAUCUACUAUUAAAAACUGGCAGUGAUCUACCACACUCCCAUUGUCAUUCUUCAGCUUCUUUGCUUUAGGGGCAAGGGGUAAAGCGUUGUUGGUGGCCAGGAAAAACCCCUUUCUUUCCUUAGCAUGGAUUUGUGGUCGAUUCCAUCGCCUUCUUCCACGUAUCGCCAAGGCGGCAGCUACAGGCAGCUCUGUAUGGAGGAGGGAGGAAAGGCAUACUCCUUUUAUCCAGCCUCAUCCCGAAUAUGGAAUAUCGGCACCCCCGGGAUCCACUUUCCUUUUUCCCCGAGGGGGACCGCUGCACCCUCAACCCGCCACACGAGCGCAGCCCUGCAUCACUCAGUGAAGGCAGCCCAGCCGAGGGCAGCUUCAUUAGCAGAGUGAAGUGAGAGAGGCGUGUGCUCUGGAGCUCACGGGAUGGUGAAAGCGAAGGUGUAGCUUGCUCCCUCCCACAGCUGAGCCCUGAACAAAGGCUGCCUAGCCAUAGUGUGAUCAACCAAAAUCCAUCCUGCGCGAUCAACUCGUUGGACAUGUCUGCAUAGUGGCUUGUGCAAUGCACCAUCUUGCCACUAGGUGGUGCUGUGAAUCCACAUGCCAUAGCUAGGCUAGGCAUUCUCUUUCAUAGAUGAGCAUGUAUUGCUUGUUCUCUUUCCUCUGUAGCUGUGGUGCCUCAGGGAAAUGUUAAAUAUCAGGGCCAGAGAGCUAGUGUUAUUCACAUUUCCCGUGAGCUUUAUUGCAAUGUUCAGUUCAGUGCUGUUUCAUUGUCUGGGGAAGUGAGGUCAAGGCUAAGAGGAAAAUCUAUUGCCUGCUUUGUCUGAAGUAGGUUUGCAGCCAUUUGUGCUGCAUGGGUGGGAACCCAGGUGCUGGGCAGGGGUUGGUCCUCAGGGCUGCGCUGGCAUCACCUAUGGGAACACUUUCUCCUCCCUUGCUGCCACUUCUGCAUUAGCUACACACCUGUAGUAUCCUCUCUCAUUUUUUACUGAACUUCAGUUACUCCUGGUUUUCACUGGCUUGCCACAAGUAGGUAUGUGAUGUUGAGUGUUGUGGCUCUUCUUUCCUUGGGUUACAGCAGUCUUCUCCAGCCUGAUGCUCUCCAGAGACCAUUACUCCCAUCAUCCCUCGCCAUGCUGGCUAAGGCUGAUGAGUCUCACGACACCUGAAGGGCACCAGGUUGGGGGAGAUUGGAUUAAAAGUAUGCAGAGAUUGAUGCAUGUGACAAGGGCAAUCUAUCCAUUGUCUUCUGUCUCAGGAGGAGACAUGAUUCUGCUCAAUUUCUGGCAAAGUAAUGUUGAAAAGGGAACACAUUUUUGUCUUGAGUGAAGUCUUGUGAACCAUUGGAAUUAACUCUGGCCAGUCAAGCAAAGGCCCAUUAAAUCCCUCCUUCAUUAGACCUUGGUAUCAGGACUCUAUCAGAAGUUGCUCCCAGUGAAACCCAAGAUCCAGGCAAAUGGGGAGUGACCCAGCUCAGGUGAAUGAGGAGCCUUGUGAAAGCCUCUGCUACUCUUGACAUGGGAGGGUGGAAGCUUUGAAGAGCCUUUGACCUGCCUCCAUGAGUGAACAGCUAAGAUGUGCAUUAGGGAAAAGGCUGUGUGUAAACCUCCAUUGUUGUUCUCACUGCAUGCAGCAGGUUGGAAGUCUGACUUUGUGCUUGUGUCCUGGCUUUAUGUGGGGAGAAGCAGCUGUGAUGCAUAAUCAGAAGGGCCCUAGGAAUGUGGGUCUCUACUGCAAGCCAAACGGAAAGUCCUUAGGCCACCAGUUGUUAUCUUUCCCUGUCUUGAAUCCUUUGUUGGAACUUGCACCAGCAAAGGACCCAUCAAAUAGGAGGGGCACUUCAGUAGAUUUGAGUGCUGGCCAUACAAAAAAAUGGUGUGAAGCAGCAUUCUUUGGGCAGUAGGUGCUGGUGGGGCAGGGGGAGGCAUUUUCCCCCUUCUAACCUUUUAUCUGUCUUUGGCAUUUAAUAAAAAACCAAGCUCCAAUCCCAUGAGGUUGAGAAGAGAGUAUGUGUGUUGGGAGGGUUCUUUUGACAUUAUGUUUUCUCUGUCAACGUUUAUGAUGAGAAUUGUGUAUUGAAGCAGUAAGCCUGUGCCAAAGUGUGAACAUAGGCAUAGGCUGGUGCAGUCUCUUCCAGAAUUGGGCACAGCGGUUUCUUUUUUCUUAACCUGUUAUUAGCUAUUUAGCAUCCAUCAGCAGAGGAAGUGUACCAUUGCAGGGUGGUGGCCUGAUAGAUGAACAGAUCUGGACAAAGCAGCAUGGAAAGCACAGAGGCUGCAUGGAUUUGCAACGUGUAUUAUUGUCUGUGUGUAGAGGGGCUGCCACUUUGAUUUGUAUCCUGGGCAAUUUAGGAAGAAGUUUCAUCAGAAAAUUCACCAAGUAAUCCUCCUAUCUACCUUACCAUUUUUCCAUUAUGCUAGACAGGUCUCCCCCUCCCCCCAGUUUCCUGUCUGUCUCUUUACAUUAAUCAUCAGUAUUUAAACAAAGCCUCAAUUUAGUACUUCAAGUGCCAUUGUAGUGAUGUAUCUGAAGCUGGUGUUCAGUCAGUGUGCACACUGCUCUGGAAGGUUGGGAGACCCUCUGGAGAUGAUAUUUUUUGGAGGGAGUGGAACUCUAGGAGGAAAAAAGGGCACAUCCCAUUUCACAAGUGGAAAUCAGAGGGCACCACUGGAUGCCAUGAAGGUAAUUGCAGAUCUUUAAAAAUCACCAGGGAUAUAAACAGAGGAGAAGAUUUGUAAGACACUGGUUUGCAUUCAGCGCAGCACUGUGGCUAAACUUCCAUCAGUUCAAAGAUUUCUCUUGCACAACAGGACCUUCUCCCACUCUCUUCCCCCAUGCCCCCUUAAAUCUGUUCUGGGCUCCCCCCAAUUUGUCAGCUUGGGGUACACGUGGAAGGGGAGUUUCUUUGUGCUAGCAGAAUUAUUUGCACUGGCUUUAGUUAAAUAUGGCUCAUGAGUUUUUUGGAGUUUCCAUAGGUUACACUUGAAUUGGGUGUUGAAUUGUACAAGAAAAGCUAUAAAGAAGCCCAUGCCGAGUUUUAUGAGCUUCCAGCCUCCCAUGUUAAGAAGUGAGGUGUUGUGUUUUGCACCAACUACAUUCUGUACAGCCAUCAAGACCUGCUCUGUACACCGCACUGUACAGUUCCACAGAGGCUUAUAAAAAUAAAGGAAGUAGAAGGGCUGGGAUAAGUUUAAGGGUACAAAUUAGUGGUCAGCUAAAGCAAGAGAGAACUUGGAUGGUUGGAAGGAUGCCAAGAUUGCCUUAUGGUUUCAUGGAGGAGAGGAUAGUAAAUUGCAGGGAGAGGAUUUGCAUUUGGGCUUCAAAUCCUUGACUUCCCCACCCCCUCCCCUUUCUAUGUUAUUUAAUAGCAAGGUCUCCAUGAUUAAUAGAGCUGAACAGUCUUCUUAUUGUGUCUGAUGUGACACCUGUGAGCACACUUUCUCUCCUUCAUCCUUUAAAUCUGGGCCCAGCAGCAGCUGCAUCUGGCACCACUCUUCCACAUUUUUGUUUUUAGAGCUCAUUGGCUAAUCCCUGCCUGGAACUAUGUGGGCCAGAAGGAGCAUGGUGCAGCAGUACAGAUGCAUGCUAUGCCAAAGGGACCAGGGAACUGUUUGCCCCUGUCUCUUCCCUUGGGACUAGGGCCAGAUUUAUUAGACAGGAGAGCUGUUUGCAUUAUGAGGCGCCACCGGGACUGCUGUGUCUGGUGUAAUACGGAGAGCUGUUUUGUCCACUGCUGAGGCCUUUCACAUCUUUUUCCCUCCUUCCUAGGAACUCUAGCUCCAAGGCUGUGCCCCAGAUGAGAAGAAUCCUAGCUGCAGAGCAGCUGGGGCUUUGCAGGGUGUGAUGACAGCCUCAGUUCUGGCUUUGGCAGAGCUGUAUGUUCUCUGAUGGGUUGGGCUCUGAGCCAACGCAUCUGUUGGAAGGACAGAUGGGAUAUCUGGUCCUAGAAGACACUGAGCAGCUGGCUGCUAGGUGUACCUUCUGCAGGGGCAUCCUUCGUGGGUCACCUGCCUGCUGCACCUUUGCUCUGUUCUAUCUCCUCCCUAAUAUUCUGUCCUCCCUAAUAUCCUGUUGCCUACAUUCAGAGUGUCUUUGGUUCUUUAGACCUAUCCUGGCUCUGUUUCUUUCCUGCCAAAGAAAAGGAGAGAGCAGGAUCAGGAUCAGCCCAAUACAUUUUUUCUAUCUAGAUCAGGGGUCCCCAAACUAAGGCCCAUGGGACUCAUUUAUCCGGCACCCUGAGACCCCUGCCGCCCGCUGUCACCGCCCGCUCUUACCGGCACUGCACUGCUGCCCACUUCUGGGUUGGAGGAGCAACGGAAACAGCUUGUGCGCAUGUGCAAGCGUUAUUUGCGGUGCACAUCUGGGUUGGAGGAGGCCCGUGCACAUGCACACAAGCUAUUUCUGGUGCUCCUCCGACCCGGAAGUGCGCCAGAAAUAGUGUGUGCGCAUGUGUAUGGGCACACACUCCCCCGCCCUCUGGCCCACCACGUGAUUGUCGCUGGAGACACUGGCCCAAGGCGUGGUAACUUUGCUGACCCCUGAUCUAGAUUGCAAAAUUCAGAUGGCGCCACCUUCCCACUAAUUAGCUACAAAGUUACUGUACUGUCAACCUUACUGUAUGCUUGUGAAACAUGGACCACUUAUAAACACCAUCUCCAACCCUUGAAAGAUUCCAUCAAUUCACAUCACUUGGGAAGACAGGCAAACUAAUGCCAGUGUACUGGAAGAAGCAAAGAUCACCAGUGUCAAAGCAAUGAUUCUUCAACAGCAACUUGGUUGGUCUGGUCAUGUUGUUCGGAUACCUGAUUCUCAUCUUCCAAAGGAGCUACUCUAUUCCAAGCUUAAAAAUGGAAAGGGGUUCAAAGACUGUCUCAAGGCAAAUGUUUCAAAAAUGUAGUAUAAACACCUACAGCUGGGAAACACUGUCCUGCAAGCACUCCAGUUGGAGAACAGCCUUUACCAAAGGUGUCUUAGGUUUUGAAGACACUCAAACUCAGGACGAAAGGGAGAAACAUGCAAAGAGAGAAGCACGUUUGGCAAACCCUCACCAUGAUCAACUCCCGCCCGGAAACUUAUGUCCACACUGUGGAAGUACGUGUGGAUCCGGAAUUGGCCUCUACAGUCACUUACAGACUCACUGUUAAAACUGUGUAUAUGGAAGACAAUCUUACUCUGUUACAAGUGAUCGCCAAAGAAGAAGAAUUAGCAUGGGCCACCCCAUGCUCUUUCUCAAUCCUCAGUCGUUUCUGUGGUGCUUGUACAGGACUACUGCACAAUUGAUGGUACUUUGGGGUCAAUCUUAUGCCCUGAGACCUGUGGGUAUAGGGAUGUAUACAAAUUUUAAUAAUAAGAAUGGGAGGUAUACAAAUUUUAACAACAACAAUAAAUUGUGUGCCUCCACUCAUCCGUCUUUGACAUCCCAAAUCCGUCACCCUGAGGUGGUCACCACCCUGCGGCGGGAUAGGCAGAUGGACAAAAUAGGCGGAUAUAGCAAAGAGGAAAGCAGUAGACAGGCAACAAGGGUCAAGGGAAAGCAACAUAGCCACACCUUAAAAGAGGAGCUUAGCACAAUGUCUGACUGCCAUCCUGUGUUCCCAUCAUCCUGUGUGUGCCAGGGAGCCAUGGCCAAUCAAAUAAUGCAGAACCCUCUGUUUUUUGUGUGGAAACUGUCAGUGGUAGGUGACUCUUAACCUGUACAAUGGGUUACAUUGCACCCAUACAAAACCAAAGGGUUCUGCAUUCUCUGUUCUCCAUUCAGGGAAGUAAGAGACAUUAUCCCAGUACAAGAACUCCUUGCAGUCAGGCAGGAGCACUCAAAGUGGGGGAAGAGCACUUCCGGGGUGAAAUGUAGUCUAGGGAGAGGCACAAGAGCUGUAGAGGUGCCUGGAAGCGGCUGCAUUUGGCUGUCUGGGCUUGAGGUUCCCCUGUCCCGAUUGUGGUGUAUUCAUCUUUGUCUUCACACCUCUUCCACCACUCUCAAGAUCUUAAGCUGGCUGUACAGGCUUCACUUUUAUUUUUGCAUGUUUUGUAUCCUGGUUUCAGAGGAACUACAACAACAGAGUCUUGCUUUAGCAUGUACAGUGGUACCUCAGGUUACAUACGCUUCAACUUACAGACUCCACUAACCCAGAAAUAGUGCUUCAGGAUAAGAACUUUGCUUCAGGAUGAGAACAGAAAUCGUGCUCUGGUGGCGCGGCGGCAGCAGGAGGCCCCAUUAGCUAAAGUGGUGCUUCAGGUUAAGAACAGUUUCAGGUUAAGAACGGACCUCCGGAACGAAUUAAGUACUUAACCCGAGGUACCACUGUGUUUAACCCUCUUGUUACACAAUUACAGAACCUUGCCUCUUGGCCCAUCUAGCUCAGGGUUGUCUAUACCAAGGAUAGAGAACUUGUGCUACUGCAGAAGGUAUUGGGCUCCAACUCCCUCCCCUCCUACCCAACCAGCAGAGCCAGUGGUCAGAUAUGGUGGGGGUUGUGGUCCAGCAGCAACAGCUAGAGGGUACCGGGUUCCCCAGUCCUUGUCAGCACUGACUGGUAAUGGCUCUUUGGGAUUUCACAGCAAUCUUUCUGAGGCAGCCCUGCUUGGAGAUGCCAGGAAUUGAACUUGAGAGAAGGCUCUCCUCCACUGAACCAUGGUUUUUCCUGGUACAUGGGAAGUCAGAAAAGGCAAGUCUUGCCCUGCAGAGAUUAUGGUCUAAAUAUCAAGGGCUGGGGAAAUAACAAAAGGGAGGCUUGGGAGAACUGAAAGAAGGAAAAUUACGAGGGAUCACAAUCUCUUCUCUCCGACCCUGGGUCAGGCUGGGACAUGAGCACAGCCCUGCCAGAAACAUCCAGCCGCUACCACCACUGAUCUAAGUGUGGGCUGCAGGCAUGUGUAGCCGUUGACCUUCCGGUACUUUGCCAUAGGAAGAGGGAGCUCUCUAGGCUUGUGUCAUCAGGAAGGCUCAGUAGGUAAGGAGUCCGGGGCCUCUCAUGCUCCUGCUACCUCCCGGCCCUGCCUUCAUCUCACUUUCAGAGCUUCCUUUGGUUAGAUUGCAUCUCCACAGACCUGUUGGCUGAUUGUUGUUUAGUCCACACCAGUUUGCAAAUCCACUGGACUGAGGUGGGGGGGGGCGGAGGGACCCUCACAUUCUCCUAAUUUAAGUGUAAUGCGUGCAUUGAGCAGUGACAGUUAACUUAUCUCCGAGUGCCUUUACCCUAAAUAGCAGUAGUGCUGGGACCACAGUCCACUUCCAUUCUCAAUACGUGAAUGAUGAAGAAGCCCCUUCUGUAGAGAAAUGAGAUUUUCCCAGUCUAGCAGCACUGCUGCCAUAAAUCUCCUGCCGGGUUCACUUUAGCAGCCGCUCUCUCUGUAUACCCCUGAAAUGACAUUAACCAGGAGCUGGAACAGACUCAUACUGUCUGCACUGGAUGGAAAUGUGAUGAAACGCUUGAGCAUCUUGGGAGCAGUUUUGAACCUGGCUCCAUAAUUAGCGCCCAACACGGGGGGGGGGGGGGCGGGGCGACGGGGGGGGGGCUGCCUGCAUAUGAGCAGGAGGCAUUGAUUGCUGCAUCUGUAGACAGGAGUUGGGUUUUGUAGCUCCAGGCGAUGGUUUACACAGGCUCUUCGAGUGUCAGCACUGAUGCUGUAUGGAGAAGGCAGCAACUGUGGAGCCCUGGGGGUAGCCAUUUAUUAGACCCAGGGGAAAUUAACAGGAGUGACUGCUGUAUUUCUGAUGGGUUGGGAGGGGCCAGGAUGGAAGGAGAGAAUAAAUUUCUACUUGAGGAAUUUUUUACCAAGGAGAGAGGGGUUCCACCUCCCUGCCCACCAGGGGGCUGGUCUUCAGGGGUAGAAAAGCACCAACUGCCUGCUGAGAUCUCUGGAGGGAGAUCUCUGGAGGGAGAUCUCUCUACGUGGCACCUUGCUUCGCUUCCUGUCUCAGCAUCUUUUGUUUCCAAAAAGCUCUCUGGCACAGGACAUGUAGAAAUCAUUCGCUUGUGGAAUGCAAGGAGCUGAAGUCACUCUCCAGCCUUCUCUGCUGUGGCUUUUGGUGGGUGGUUCUUGGCUGGGCUUGCUAGGAGGCCAACUUUGAGGUUGAGAGGGGAGAGCGAUUACAGGGCUGUGUGCUUGAGUGCUUUCUUUGACUCGGCAGAGGGCUGUGGAGAAAUGGAGCCAUACUCUGGGAGCAGCCCUAUGUCUUCAGUGACUUCUCUUCAGCACCGAUCCAUCCUCUGCCAGAGUGUCAGCCCACAAAGGGCAGUGUAUUAUGCCACAAUCCCUGCAACCAUGUGUGGCAAGUGGGAGCAAGGCCAGAGAAAAGAGAAGUUCCAUAGUGUAGCACAGUUGCAGCUGACAGUAUCAUGUUCCAUGCAGUUCUGACAGUGUUGUGAGACAGGACAGAGACUCCCCCAAAGACCUUAGCAGUCAGCCAGCAUCAUGCUGGAGAAAGCAGUAGUCCUUAAGCACCAUUCCUCAAAACUAUUUAGAGCGUUCAGUGAUAGCCAGCCUUUUGAACUGAGAUGGAAAGAAUAUAGUGGUCAAGUGAAUGUCACAUAACAUGGCAUUUUAUGCUUUGGAAAAGGAGAAAAGGCUUCCAUCAGUACAGUGGUACCUCGCAAGACGAAUAACGCGCAAGACGAAAGAGUUUUUCGUUUUUUGAGUUGCUUCGCAAGACGAAUUUCCCUAUGGGCUUGCUUCGCAAGAUGAAAAACGAAAACGUCUUGCAAGUUUGUUUCCUUUUUCUUAAAACCGUUAAUACCCUAUGGGAAACUGUGCUUCGCAAGACGAAAAAAUCGCAAGAGGAAAAAACCCGCAGAACGAAUUAAUUUCGUCUUGCGAGGCACCACUGUACUUUGGCUGCAGCAUUCUGCAGCACCUGCAGUUUCCAAACACCUUCCAAAGGCUGCGUCAUGUAGAAUGCGCUGGGAGUAGUUUAACCUGGAUGUGAUGAUGGCAUGGUAUCUGUAAAUUAAGCAGAUAUGGGAUAACCUUCUAACCUGUGUCUUAUACAGAGCUUGUCUUCCCUGGGUUUGCCCUUCCCAAGCUAUAGUAUAUGGGUAGGGGUGGACUAGCUUCAGUGUUUGAAAUUAGCUGCACGCCAGUCACAUUUUGUGACUGGUAACCAACCAUUUGCAACUGGAUGGAGAUGUCUGGGUGCCACCCUUGGUGCCUCGCAUCUCCACUUGCCUGGCUGUAGUCAGCUGGUCUUCCGGGCACAGUGGCAGCAACCCCUGAUUCACCCAGCAGCAAAAGAUAUAAGAUUAGAGAGAGAGAGGGAGAGAAUUUUUUGCUGCCAGGUGAAUCAGGUGUUUGGCGGGAUAGCGCUGUAGGAAAAGACACACAUUUUGCUGCCUUCCUACCUGCAGACUACCUGAUUCGCCCGGCAGCAGGUUUUCCCCCCAUGGGGUUGCCUAGUCUGGCAGUGGGGGUACCAAAAAAAGAGAGAAAGACAUUUUGUUUUGGCACCCACAACCUGCAUCCCAGGAGCCACAUGACUCCUAGCAUUUCUAUCCCAGUUUCUAACACUAGUUUUUUCAGUUUGGGUAGAAAAGGAAUUUUUUUACAUCAGUGAUUGAUCAGUUAAACUUUAAUAUGUUUCCAGAACCCUAGUAAUUAUUAAUCAUUUAUAAAGAGACACUUCCCCCCCCCCCCAAAAAAAAAAUAAUUGUUGGGCACUGUAGAGAUGUUUGAAAAUUGUGAAUUGUCUCUGCCCACAGGCUCACAAUUCAAAAGUAACUGGAAGCAAAGAAAGGAAAUGCAGGUGCCGGUUCUCAAAAGUUAUGCAAUUGUUUUUCUAGAGAUCCAUUGGAAUGGCAGCUGAGGAAGCAGCUUGUAGUGGAGGAAUAGGAAGCAAAUGGCCGUUGAUUCCAGCCAGGCCAACGGUGGAAUCCUUUGUGUGUCUCUUCUCCUUCUGUUGCAGCCUGGUGGAGAUGGAUUUAGUUGGGACAGUGUGGUGAGAUCAAUGAAGAAAGUGGAAGCUAACAUACAAGUUCCUAGCCAAAAGGUGCUCUUGGUUAGAAGGAAGGACCAUCGCCACUGUUUCCUCUCUUCAUUUAUUCCCCUAUGAUACACUGGAACCAAGAUUGCUUCAGAAGCAAACUGGUGUGCUCUCCUUAUUUCACAAACUUGCAAGUUAAAAUUGCCCCCUUGCAAAUUAAUCAGCUAAAGGUUUGGGUUGAUUAAUUUAAACAGAUCUGAGCUAGUAGCCUUAGUCAUUCAGGCAAGCCAAAGGCAAUAUGUCCUAAUUCUGAUGCAUGAUUAGUGGCCUUUACUCCAGCCUUUCUUGGGAAAUAUUUGAGGAAACAGAUUUCAUGACUUUCUGUGCCACCUGCUCCUUUGAGGAAUCAUCUGAAAUGCAGUCAUGCUAGGGAAGCAAGGCUGAAUAGGAUGGUAUCCUUGAUGCACUGAAAAUUCCCCUUAAGGACCUCUAUCAAUACUAAUAAAUACACUGAGUCUUGCUGUUCUGAGCAGUUUGUGUCUAAACAAUAGCUCGGCAUUGCACAUUGUAGCAGGAAACCUGAUUCUGGCUUGAUCUCUUUUCCUCCUGCCAUCUCUAGCUGCUACAAUUUGUUUUCCUCUAUCAGGAAAAGCUGGCUUCCUGGUUCCAGUCUCUGCGCCUUUUCACUUUUCUCUCUUGGGGCAGUUUCAUGCUUGGGACUCUCUUAAAAAAUGAGACUCUAGUUAGACAUCAUGUUACACAUGAACCAUAGUGGAUGAAGAAGAUGGAAUUCUGGGGAUAUCAGAUUUCAAAGUACAUAAAGGGGCAUUUAGAAUUAAGACAUAUUUUUCAGGGGCUAAAAGUAAAGCUGUGUCAGGCGUGGGGCCGGUGGGUUGUGUUGCACAUUGGAUGUGGGGGUGGAUUAAUUUUUUAAAGGAAUUUCAAACAGCAUAUCUAUAUCAUGCAGAAUAGUAGAACUUGAGCUUCCUUGAGCUAGGCAGAUACAGGGUGCUGCUGUGGGGGGGGGCGGCUUUGGUGUUCUUGGGAGCAAUACAUUUUUCAGCAAGUGGCUGAUUGGAAGUGAUUUCUGCAGCCAUGCUAGUCUGAGGUCCUCUGGGGGGCAUCUGGUUUUCUAUCUGCAGAGAGGAAUGGGAUGGGGUGAAGAAGUGUCUCUCCCACAAGGCACCUGACGACCUGCAGAAUACAAGGCCGAGUUCAGUAGCAGCAUGGCUCCCUGGGAACCUUGGUAGGACUUACCGAUUGAGCAUGUAAAAAGAAUUGCUGACUCAACUAUGGCUGCAUGUGUGUGCUCUUGUUUCUCAGUAAAUGGCAGGCAGAGUUGUCAGGUGCGAUCAUGGUUGAAUUCCAAGAAACUUCUUCCGGGUUGGCGCCAUCGACUUCCGGGUUGGCGCCAUCGUUAAUGGCGGAUUCCCUCUGAGUCUCUGAGGGACCAGCUCCGCGGGAUCGGGUCUGACCGCUGCGGCGAAGCGGGGGCCCUUUAAAAAUCACAGGCGGGUGAAGCCUGUGAACGUGGGGACUCGGCGGGCACCUUUUGCGCCCCCCCCAAAUUGCGAAGGGACCCUUUUAAGGGCUCCGGAGCGAGACGGGUGAGCGGCGCAGUGCUGAGAGUAGACUGCUUCUUCUGCGGAGUGAAGCCGCAUAGCCGUUAUCGGAGAGCACUGACUUUUUCCUGGGACAAUUUGACUUUGAAAGCAACUACCCGUGAGUAGGAUUAAAUUGGAUCUAAAGGGGGGGAAAUAAGUUAAUUCGGCACCGAAGCGGGAAGGUAUAAACAGGAAGUCUGCCUUCCUUUCUUGUAAAUAGAUCAAAGCAAAGAGACUAAGCGGAAACUCUGAAAGACGUUUGAAAAAAGACUUAAAUCUCUACAUCAGGAAAGCGAUCUCCCCUCCGGAUUGCAGGAGAGGAGGGGGGAAAGGUUUGAACUGUAUUUAUCUGCAAAAAAAGGGGGGAAAGGAAGCUAAAAUCCAACGCCUAAAACCUGGGAACGGACUGCCCCGAGAUAAGGAAUGCCGCUCUGUGGAAAGCCUAUCGGUAAGCAGAGGACUUUUGACAGCUAACUCUGCAAAAGAGAUACAGUGUUUCUGAACGUCUUCUGGUUUUAAAGUAACUGAUUAAGUGCAACUGAAACUGUUGUUUUUAUAUGAAUUGGGGGACUUAUAAGGACUAUUUUCUUUUUUAAAGUUGCAAGCUUUGGCUGUUACUGUGUCCCCCUAGAGGAGGCUUGACAUUGCUACAAUAACAACUGGGCUAGAGGAAUUUUCCAUUCCAAAACAAAUUUCAGCUGUGGGAUCAACCUUGGAUUCUCAUGAGAGUGUUAUGGCAGAUGGAAGAGGAAAGUUAGAGUUGACGCAGGAAAAAACUACCAGGUCUGGCAGACCCUAUCGGACAGAUACUGCGUUGCAGCGAAGGGCUUCAACAUCUGGUCCUUCUGGACCACUUGGAAUACCAGGGGCUGCACCUCCACAGGUUAAACCAAAAGUUAUGUCGUCCGAAGACGUUUUGGCACAGGCACUUGGAAAAAUUAAUGAAUCUUUGGAAAAUUUGGCUAAACAAGUAGCUGAAACAAAUAAGCAAGUAGCUGAAGCAUCAGUUAAAAUUGACCAGAAUACUACAAGCAUCAAUAAUUUGGGACAGAAGGUGAAUACCAACACAGAGUCUAUUGAAAAAUUACUACAGGAAUCUGCUUCGACCCGAAAGAUAGCUGAAGAAGCAAAAGAUAUAGCAACUGCUACUCAAGAGAAGAUACCACUGGUAUAUAAGCAACUCGAGGACCAUGGUUUGACAUUGUCUAUGAUUGAAUUGAAAGAGAAACAAAGAAAUUUAAGAAUCAGGGCUGUACCAGAACGUGAGAAAGACAAUUUGGCUGAUUUUCUUACGCAGGAAUUCGCAGAUUUCUGGCAACAGGAUUUGGGGAAGGAAGAAUUUAAGAUAGUGAGUGCAUUUAGACUUGGAAGAGGAGGAAGGAGGAACAAGGUGAGAGACUGCUUGAUUACCCUUCGAACAAAAGAGGAGAGAGACAAAAUCUUGAAUCUGCAUUACCAAAAGACUUUGGAAAUUUACGACUCAAGUGUGGAGAUAUUUAAGGACAUUCCAAAACAUCUUUUGGACUUAAGACUCAACUACGGAGAUCUGGUUGCCCUGCUGAGAAGAAAUAGAAUCAUCUUCAGGUGGGAAUUCCCUCAAGGCCUGUCCUUUAAAUAUAAAGGAAGAAAGAUAAAAAUAAGAUCAGCCAAUGACAAAGAUAGGUUUCUGAAGGACCACGGAGAAGAUCUACAGAAAGAAGUGGAAUCCGGAGAAGAGCCAAAAGCACUGGAAAAAGGAAUACUAGAUAUAGCAAACUUAUCUUUUGGAUUGCAUGGUCCAGAGAAAGUGACACCACUGACAGAACAAGAACAGACACUUGGCGCAGUUGGAGGUAAAGCGAAGUAACCCCAUCAUGGCUCUGCAACUGUUAAGUUGGAAUUGUAAUGGUUUGAAUUCUCCUCGGAAAAGAAAAAGUGUUUUUCAUUUAUUAAAAAAGGAACAAUUGGACUUGAUUUGUCUACAAGAAACACAUGUAACAAGGUUACACAGGAAACUACUGAUUAAUAAGAGAUUGGGACAGGAGUUUAUCUCAUCUGACAAAGUAAAAAAAAGAGGAGUUGUGAUAUAUGCAAAGGAGAGACUAUCACCGAAAUUUAUUUUCAAAGAUGACCAAGGAAGAUUUUUGGCAAUUGAAAUUCAAGUUCAAGGAGAGAAAUUUUUGAUAGUAGGAAUUUAUGCACCGAAUGAGGGGAAAUCUGAAUUUUUUAAAAAGUUGCAUGAGACUUUAUUGGAUUAUUUGGAUUACAAUUUGAUUUUGAUGGGGAUAUGAAUGGAGUAGUAUCUACAAACAUGGAUAAGGCACAAAGACAGGUAGUUACCAAGGAUGGUAGACUACUGAAAACAUUUUUCGAGAUGACAGACAAUUUUGACUUAGUGGACACUUGGAGAACAAAGAACCCAUUGGGCAGAGAGGGAACCUUCUUUUCUGAAGCUAAGAUGACAUGGACUAGAAUUGACCAAAUAUGGGUAACUAGAGGAAUGGCACCAAAGAUAAAGAAAGUGGAAAUCUGCCCAAAAACCUGCUCCGACCAUAAUGCGGUAAGGAUGGAGUUGAAGCUAACAUCAACUGGCUCCUUCAGAUGGAGGAUGAAUGACACCCUAUUUAGAGAUGAAGAAGUGUAUAAAAAGGCCCAAAAAACCUUGAGAGACUAUUUUGAAAUAAAUAUGAAUACUAAUGUAGAAAAAAGAGUAAUCUGGGACGCAAGUAAAGCUGUCAUGAGAGGGUUUCUGAUACAACAGAAUGCAAUAAAGAAGAGAAGUCAAAAUGAGAAGAAAGAUAAAAUUUUGGGGAAAAUAAAAGAAAGUGAAAAGAAAUUGAGAGCAAAACCAAAGUCGCAGGAGAUUUUGAGAGAAAUAAAGUUAUAUCAAGUACAAUAUGUGGAAAUGAUGAAUCAGGAAAUAGAAUGGAAAAUUAAACAAAUGAGACAAAAACAUUUGAAUCAGCUAACAAAUGUGGGAAAUUGCUGGCCUGGCAAAUGAAAAAAAGACAAAAAUUAAAUACUAUUACAAAUUUAGAAAUGGAAGGAAAGAAUAUACAUAACCCAACUGAGAUUAGAAACUGUUUCCAGAGGUAUUUUAAACAACUAUAUACACAAGGGCCACAGAAAGAAAUGGAUAUAGACCAAUUUCUGAAGACAAAUGGAUUACAAAAAUAUCCCAAGAAAGUAAAUUAAUGUUGAACUAUAAAAUAUCUGAACAGGAAGUAGAAGGUGCCAUUCAAAACAUGCAAUUAGGCAAAUCUCCAGGACCGGAUGGGCUGACUUCUAGAUAUUAUAGAUCUUUGAAAGAGUGGUUAUUACAACCUUUAAAGGAAGUCUGCAAUGAAAUAUUGGAAGGGAAAAGGGCACCAGAGUCUUGGAAAGAGGCGUACAUUACACUUACACCGAAGACAGAGACUGAAAAGACUCAGCUUAAGAACUACUGCCCCAUAUCGUUACUUAAUGUGGAUUACAAAAUUUUUGCAGACAUUUUGGCCAAGAGAUUGAAAAAAGUAUUGAUGGAAGAUAUUCAUAAAGACCAAGCGGGCUUUCUCCCGGGAAGACACUUGUCCGAUAAUUUGAGGAAUAUAAUUGAUAUUUUGGAAAAACUAGAAGUGAACAUAAAUACUAAAGCAGUUUUGAUAUUUGUGGAUGCGGAGAAAGCUUUUGACAAUAUCUCUUGGAGUUUUAUGAAGAAGAACCUACAGGGCCAAGGUUUUGAAAACGGUAUAAGUGCAAUUUAUUCAGAACAAAAGGCUAAACUAAUUGUAAAUAAUGUGGUGACGGAAGAAUUUAGGAUAGAAAAAGGGACAAGACAAGGUUGCCCAAUUUCCCCAUUGCUUUUUAUAUCGGUCCUGGAGGUUCUGCUGAACAUGGUUAGAAAGGACCAGUUGGUUAAAGGUAUACAGGUCGGAGCCAAACAGUACAAAUUGAGAGCAUUUGCAGAUGGCUUAGUAUUGACGUUACAGGAGCCAGAAUCUAGUACCAAAAGAGUUUUAGAACUGAUUGAAGAAUUUGGUCAAGUUGCAGGAUUUAAGUUGAAUAAGUUAAAGACCAAGGUUUUAGAGAAAAAUUUAACACCAAUGGAGAGCGAGAGGUUUCAGAAUGAGACAGGUUUAACAGUGGUUAAGAAAGUUAAAUACUUGGGGAUUAAUAUGACAGCAAAAAAUGGGAAUUUAUUUAAAGACAAUUAUGAAAAAUGCUGGGCUGAAGUGAAAAAAGAUUUAGAAAUUUGGUCAAAUUUGAAGCUUUCACUGCUGGGCCGUAUUGCUGCGGUAAAAAUGAAUGUAUUGCCUAGAAUGUUGUUUUUGUUUCAAACACUGCAAAUUGUGGACAAAAUGGACUGUUUCAAGAGGUGGCAGAGAGAUGUUUCUAGAUUUGUCUGGCAGGGCAAGAAGCCUAGAAUAAAAUUUAAAAUAUUAACAGAUGCAAAGGAGCGAGGUGGAUUUGCCCUGCCAGACUUUAAACUUUACUAUGAAUCAGCAGCUUUUUGCUGGUUGAAAGAAUGGUUGCUUCUUGAAAACACAGACAUUUUGGAUCUAGAAGGGUUCAACAAUGUAUUUGGAUGGCAUGCAUAUCUGUGGUAUGAUAAGGUCAAAGCACAAAGCAUUUAAAAAUCACAUUGUCAGGAAAGCAUUGUUUAAUGUCUAGUUAAGAUACAAGGACUUAUUGGAAAAUAAAACUCCAAGGUGGCUGUCACCGAUGGAAGCAAAAGCUCAGAAAAAGCUCAAUAUGGAGGCCAAAUGGCCGAAAUAUUGGGAAAUUUUGGAACAAGACGGAGAUAGACUGGAAUUGCAGAGUUUUGAGAAAUUAAAAAACAAAGUGUGAGAUUGGCUUCAUUAUGAUCAGAUAAUGGAGGCAUAUAAGUUGGAUAAGAAAAUUGGCUUCCAGGUGGAAAAAUCAAAAUUAGAAACAGAACUAUUAGAACCCAAAACUAAGAUUUUGUCAAAGAUGUAUAACUUGCUGUUGAAAUGGAAUACUCAGGAUGAAACGGUGAAAUCUGCUAUGAUUAAAUGGGCACAAGAUGUUGGACAUAACAUAAUGAUGGCUGACUGGGAACAGUUAUGGACCACAGGUAUGAAGUUUACAGCAUGUAAUGCCUUAAGAGAGAAUAUUAUGAAAAUGAUAUACAGGUGGUACAUGACCCCAAUCAAGCUUGCAAAAAUUUACCAUUUGCCCGAUAACAAAUGUUGGAAAUGUAAAGAAACCGAAGGUACAUUCUUUCACCUUUGGUGGACGUGCCCAAGGAUUAAGGCUUUCUGGGAAAUGAUAUACAAUGAACUGAAAAAGGUAUUUAAAUAUACCUUCCUGAAAAAACCAGAGGCCUUUCUCCUGGGCAUGGUCAGCCAAAUGGUGCCAAAGAAGGAUAGAACUUUUUUCAUGUAUGCCACAACAGCAGCAAGAAUACUCAUUGCAAAGUAUUGGAAGACACAAGAUCUACCCACUCUGGAAGAAUGGCAGAUGAAGUUGAUGGACUAUAUGGAACUGGCAGAAAUGACUGGCAGAAUCCGAGACCAGGGAGAAGAGUCGGUGGAAGAAGAUUGGAAGAAGUUCAAAGAUUAUCUACAGAAAUAUUGUAAAAUUAAUGAAUGUUAGAACGAUGUUGGAUAGAAAUUAAGUGGUUUCCAGCUGUAAUGCUUUAAGGGAAUAUGAAAAAUGGAUUGUUAAGAGGUAAAAAUCUAACGUUACUAUUUUAAGACCAAAGAUUAGGACAAAUAAAGAGGGUAAGGAUUUGCUGAAACAACAAACUGAACUGGAAUACAAAAAAGGGAGGUAUGAGGAGGUCCGGGAAACAAGCUAAGGAAAAAUAAGCAAUGGAAAAAUUGAGUGGUUUUUAAUCAUUUUUAUUUUGUAUUUUCUUUUUCUUUUUCAUUUUUUAUUGUAAUAUUUAAAAAAAUCUUAAUAAAUGUCUUAUUAAAAAAAAAAAGAAACUUCUGCUUUUUCAUUUUUUAGUGAGUGAGUUUUUGUCCUUUAUAGAGCUAAGCUGAAAGGAUGUUGGCAAUGUCUGCUGGAGCUUCUGGUGUUUAGAGAGCGGCAUCCCAGUAAUCUGUGUGGCACUGGCCAAGCUGUGUCUUCUUCACGGCCCCAAUAUGCUCCUUUGUUGCUGUUUCUUCUCUCGAUGCUGCCACACGUUGGGCAUUUGGGGAAGGCUGAGCUGAAUACCUGUUCUCUCCUGCUGCUUGCAUUGUGGUUUUCUGAUGUUUUCUGAUUUUAAGCUCCCGUGCAGUGCUGUAGGUUAUAUUUUAAUGUAUUUGUUUUUUAAUUGAAUUUGGCUGUGCACCGCCCAGGGAACCUUUGAGAUGAAGGGUAGGUUAUGAGUGGAAGAAAUAAAAUAGAGGGUAUAUAUAAAAUACCGUACUACUGUUUGCCAAGAAAUGUCAGCUCAUGUUGCUGAAUUUGCAUUCUGCUUCUGUUCUUACUGUGUGGCUAUCUAUUUACAUAACCUGGGUAAGGAUUUUGGAGUUUUUGUUGUGGAAACCUUGUGCUUGAUAAACCCUCCCCUGCCCACCAAACUGCUAGGUGUUGAGCUCUAAAUCAAAGUGUAGGAGCUGGUUGAAUUUGGUCAAAUGCAUCCAUUCCUGGGAAAGACUGACUGAGCAACAGUGCUGAAAUCCUAUCCAGUAAGCAUUGGAAAUCCAAAUAUCCCUUUGCAACCAUGAGAUUUGAUAACUUGUGCUUUCAUUCUUAAGGAAACAGUAACUUGGAAGCUUAGUUUCUUGAGGUACCAGGGUGCAUAUUUAUGGAAUAAAAAUGUGAAUGCUUUGGCCUCCGAGCGCCCUCGGCGGUGACAUUGAACGCCAGAAAUAGAGAGUGGUGUUUAAUCCAUGAAAGUGUUGAGGAAGGCAAGCUAUUACAAUGUGAAAAGAAGUCUGUAGGGGCCACUCUCACGCAUCCUCCAAAGAGGAAUGAGCAGAGUUCAAGGAAAGCUUUUAAGUAUGUUGUGUUCCAGACAGUUCUGUGGCUCAGCCCCCCACCCCCCUGAAGCUGCUUCCGUUCUCCUAGCUCACGUCUUAAAAUGCCCCAUCUCUGCUUUGAAUAGGGUGUGUGCUAAGAAAUCAGGUGGUCUGUUAGCAUAUCUUUUGGGAUGGUUCCAAGAAUGACAUCAUUUCUGAUGCCCCAAAAGGAGGACUGUGGGGGACAGGCAGCUCCAAGCCCCAUCUACCCAUUGCUACUGCAUUAACAUCUUCCACGCUGGGUUGGCGGCAUACACCUGCCUUGAGCAAGGGGGUGGGGUCAGGUGUCACAGGAGACUUGCCAAUAAUGGAAUAAUCAGCCUCCACUGACAGCUUGUCAGGGCUGACACCCCCGCUUCCUAGCCUGCCAAGUUGAUGCCUGACACAAAGAUGGGCUUGGGAGGGGGAAGCAGGUCAGGGCUCUGCGCACAGCUCCUUGUUUGCACCACCCACAAAGAAACUUCACUGUUGUGCUGUCACGUUGGUGUGGAGCAUGAAACCUAUUGGCUAAGGAGUUUGCAAAGGGUGGUUGUGUCUCUGGAAGCAGAGUCUGCGGUAAAGGUGAUACUGUACAGCACAGGGGGAGGAGGGAGCCCCUUGAUACCAAAGAUAAAAUAUUUUAAAAUACAACCGCUCACAUUUUCUUACUUACGUCUGCUUGUUAAUGCUUAUAUGUGGACAUCCUACAGAGGUUUGUUGGGUGAUUUCCCUUUAAGUAGGCCCCACUCGUUGCCAGAGGGAUGUUUGAGUCCCUGACUAACCCUUCCUCAUUCAGGAUCAUGUGCAGGUGUAUGUGUUUUUUGUGUUUUGUCCCUUUUUCUGCUCCAUCAGUGCAGCAGAACCUCUUGUGUUCCAUGCUGCCUGUAUAAUUUCUGCAGUGAUGGAGAAAAAGAGAAGUAUUGGACCAUAGAAAUUAGGGGUGCAAUCUCAGUUGAAUUGUGCUGCCCACCUAUUAUUACGGAAUGGUAGGACAUUUGUGACUAUCUUUGGCAGGAUUUCAAAUCCACUCUUAUCUAGAGCCUGGCGAUUAUAGCUUUUAAAAAUGCAAAUAGAAUAUCCCUUGAAAUCCGACACACAUUUUCAGGGAGCCUGGGCCUGGGUCAAACACCUGCCUGGAUCUUGCUUAUAUUUAUUUAAUGUCUCACGUGUGCAUUCUGCCCUUCCUUCAAAAGGGCCAGGGCAGUAUGUCUGUGGUUGUCUCAUUUUCUCCUUGCAACAACCCAGUGAAGUAGGCUAGGCUGAGAAAAUGAUUUCUGGCUGAAAUAGUCAAGAGGGCAUUCUACGAUAACCUAAGGCAGGCCUGCACCACUAUCCUAGGCAGGCAGUACAAGUGCCUGGGUGGACUGAUCUCUGAUGGGCUGGCCUGCAUAGCCAGUGACGGCUGCAUUCUGCUUACUUGGCCGCAGGUCAUUGUGGAGGCAUGGCCUUGCGAGAGACAUGGGACUGGGAAGAAAGUGACCCCUGGCUUCUGCAAGGUCCAUGUCUAGAUGGAGCAGAGUCUCCCUUGAGGAGCCAUGUGCAGUUGAGCCCAAAUUGCCCCACCCUUAUAAGAAGGGAGACUUUGGAAGGCAGCUCUGGGAGUCCACAGAACAGCAGCUGCUACCAACAACCUUUUCCAUCUACUUCAUGACUCCAGUCUUCAGGAAGGAUGAACCAUGCUUUCUGCAGCACCUGCUAUUUGUCUCUCUCUCUCUGUGUGAGCACCAUGCUUUUUCUCUCAGUACAAAGACUCUUUAAAUAUUUAAGCAGCGGCAAAGCUGCUCAUGCUGUUUAAUAAAUCAUAGUGACCUGAAACUGCUGCCUUGCCUAAGGGGAGCUCCAGAGCAAGGUGGCUCACACUGCUGCUGGUCAUAGCAAGACAGAGAGGACAGAAAGGGAGCAGGCAGGGGAAAGGACGUGCAAAGAGCUUCUGCACCAGGCUGACUGGGAGGGAAGCCCUUUGAAGCUGCGCGCACACACACACACACACACACACACACACAGAGGCACCCCCACCCACACACUUUGGUUCCAUCCUUCAUAAAAUCAUAGAAUUGUAGAGUUGGAAGUCCCACCUCUUGCAGUGCCCCCCCGGAUUAAGCCCCGGGAUUAAUGCCUGGACCUGACCACGGUGCUGUUGUCUUCUUGCUCCCUAAGAAUAUGGCUCCAAAAUCUUGGUUUCUUCCAAGACCGUAAUAUAGCUCCUGCUAUAGGGUUGGGUAUAUGGUAUAGUUCAGGGGUGGGGAAUCUGUGGUCCCAGGCAGCUCCCACCCCCCUGCAUAUCAGCUCCAGCCAGCAGGGCUCAUGGAGUGGGGGUCCUUUCUCUCUCCUCUGCUGUAUUUCAAAGCAGAGAGAAAGAUGGCAGGACUCAUGAAUGCAUCAUUGUGCCUCCUGAGCAGGAACGGGCAAUGCUAAACAGUAUUUGGAAAGGCUGCUGAUCCGGACCAGGCAAGAAAGUUGCUCUCACAGACCUUUCCCUCUUCAUAUUCAGUAUAUCCCAUGCCAAUAAUGGAUCCUUUAAAAAACAAACCAAAAAGGGAGAGAAUUGUCCCAGCUCUGCUACUGAAGCAGGGAGGGAGGAAGAGAGAAUUGGUUGCAAAUAUAGCUCCCUAGAUGUGCAAGAGAGGAGGGGCGCCUGUUCUCUGAAGCCUGCUGUGACUCAGCCUGAACCAGUAAGUGGGCGAAAGAAAAAGAAGCCCCCCACCGUGCAGGGAGGUGGGAAGGCAGAAAGAGGAGAGUUGGGUGGCAUGGAGCAGGGAAGCUCAAGGUGCCCAAACUGGUCCUUUGACCAACUUGACACCACCUCACCACCAGCCCCACUGGAGGUCUUGAGGGUCCUGUACAUCACUAGGUCAGCAUGCCUGCAGACAUGUUGCUUCUAUAUGGUUCCAAGGAGGCUGUGCCUGUAUGCAUGCGAGUGGGCUGCGGCAGGAGAAUUUGCUCCUUUUGAAGACUGCUCUUACCCAAGCACUUCAUCUUUCACAGCCCCGGUGCCAGGAACUGGGCAAAAAGAAGUAUCCAAGCAACGGCCUAAUGAGAUCUCAUCUCUCCUGUUUUUGUUAGCUCUCUGAAAUUUCCUUCUCGCCCUCCCUCAAUUUUGGGGGUGGGUGUGUGUGCAUGUGUGUAUGGUUGGGGAAAUAAACCCAAAAUUUCAUUGCACGGAUAGUUGGUUGACAUGACAAGGAAAGCACACACUGCCACAGUAGGCUGGAAGUGCAAGUAAAUCUACUAGGGAAACAGGUGUGUCUCUGAACCAGGAAGUUCAGGGCAGUUGGGAGAUGCCUGGGAACCAGCGUGUGUGUUACAGUAAGUGCCACACUUUUUUAAUUGGGGGGGGGGGGGGAGAUGCUGGUACUGCAUACCUUUGAGAACCCCCAGGAAAAAAGCCUUGCUGGGAACUUGACUAUUUUUAAUAUGGGGGUUGGUGCUGUGCUGCUUUUAUUAUAAUUAUUUGUAUGGCUUUAAUAGAAUAUAUUCUUUCAAUUUUUUUUAAUAUUACACUUUCUAUUUUAUCUGUAAGUUGCCUUGAGUCCCACCAGGGAAAAAGGCAGGGAGAAAUUAAUUAAUUAAUUUUGUAUGCCACCCUUCAUCCGAAGAUCACAGGGUGGUUCAGGACAUAAAAAUUCAAGAUGAGAACACAAAAUACAUAAUAAAAACCAAAACAAACCAAUAACAACCCCCCAAACAAAAAUUAAAAGGCCAUAAAAUGUUGAUCCUCCUCACACCUCCCCAUAAUGCCCAGGUUGGAACUGUUUUUGUCUAGCAGUUAUUUUUGAAAGAGCACCUGAGCCCUCACCCUUCCAUUUCCCAGGGUCCCUGCAGUGGGCUUCCACACACCUGAGUCAAAAAGCAGGGGUGGCAGGGAGCUUUAGGGAAAGCAGGACCCCCUGCAUGUUCUCCCCACGUUGCACUGUUAGUUUCCAGACUUGCUGUGCUGAUCCUUUUGCACGGGGCAUUGUGCAGCUCAGUGUGUUGUGUGUCUGGCUUGAGUUCUGGGUCUGCCUCUGCUCUCUGAGGAGCUUGGCCUCCCCUUGUUUCACUACAGAAGAAGCCACUGGAGGGCAUACAUGUGUCCAAAAGAAUUCUGCACCUCUGCUUGGGUUAAUAAUGCCAGGCAGAUUCUGAUCCCUUUGUAGCUUGAAGGGCUAGCUGGACCCAAACCAUGUUUGAGGUUUGAGGAGGGAUGUCUGCAUUCAUGUCUGGGGGAGUCGAGGAGGGAGCGCUGCUGCCUGAAGGUUCAGAGGCAGCCACAUAAUAAGCAGCUAGAGAACAAGGGCUCUCACUCGGGUGUUUCUGCAAAAGAAUCCCUCUCAUAUGCACAAAUGCUCAAGCCUAGUCCAAGCUAUUGAAUAUCAUGCUUAACUCCCCUUAACACAUUCUCCAUUAGUUCCAUUAGUAUAUUUUACAAAAGUCAGUGUAAUUGUCUCCUCUUUCCAUUUGCAUAGCUUAGGAUUUUGGCAGCAUUGUAGACUCUUUUGAGUUAUUGCAGGCUCAGCAAAAAUGGCUAUCAAAGAGCCCUUCCCAAUCCAGUGCCUUCCAGGUGUUUUGGACUAUAACUCCCAUCAUCCGCAAUCAGCUCAGCUGUAGUCCAAAACGUCUGGAGGGCACCCGGAUGCCAAAGGCUGCUGUAUAACAAUUAAUGUGGAGUGGGACCAGGACCUCUGCUGAACACACAGAGGAAGGAAUUGAGCAUAGCAGCUCUUAGCCAGCAUACAGAAUUCAGCUUGCCAGACGGAACAGCCCCCUUUCCCCGACCUGCACACUUUUUUAAUAAAAAAGUUAUGAUUUUGUAUUUCUUUCUUUUGACAGAGUAAUAAUGAUAAAUAAAUAAGAAUAAAAAUGUACACCCCAUCACCAAGACCGUUCCAUUGUAACUAUCCAAACUCCCAAAAUGUCAACACCUCUUGCAAUGGUUUGACCCCUUUCCAUUUUAACAGUACAAAUUCUACAAACACCUUCCAUUUCUCCUCAAAAUAAUUUCUCCUGCAUAUUCCCUAUCUUACCUUAAUGGCACAUGUUAAUUUAUCAUUAAUCAUUAAUUCAUACCGUAAGAUAUGAUUGUGAGCAACAAAGAAUUAUUUUUUUUUAAUGCACACUGUUCUGGGGAGUUCUCCCAACCCCCUAGAGCCAAUUUGGGAAGGGCACAGGGGAAGAAGAGGGGGAGAAAGCUCUGUUGCACUAAAGGAAGUCCUUCCGCGGGACUUGUUGGUUGACUCCAACCCAAAGUUGCAUUCAUUUCUCCAAUGAAAAAUUGGAAAUUUUAGAGAACACUGGAAAAAAGAGUCUGUGAAAUAAUUUUCCCUUUUGGAAUGAAUAAGGGGUAUAAAGAUUUUUACGCAAGUAAAUCUACAUGAUUAGGGAAUGCUAAUUCUUGUUUAAACUCUAGGAAUAUUACAACACUUGCAUCAAAUAUGCAUUUCUGCACCUAGGUUGCUGUCAUCUCCAUGGAAGGAGCAAGCGGGGGCUUUUGCUUUCUUGCAAAUUGCUGCUUGUCCUCUUUUGAAGAACUUUCAUAGAAUCAUAGAAUCAUAGAGUUGGAAGAGACCACAAGGGCCAUCGAGUCCAACCCCCUGCCAAGCAGGAAACACCAUCAGAGCACUCCUGACAUAUGGUUGUCAAGCCUCUGCUUAAAGACCUCCAAAGAAGGAGACUCCACCACACUCCUUGGCAGCAAAUUCCACUGUCGAACAGCUCUUACUGUCAGGAAGUUCUUCCUAAUGUUUAGGUGGAAUCUUCUUUCUUGUAGUUUGGAUCCAUUGCUCCGUGUCCGCUUCUCCGGAGCAGCAGAAAACAACCUUUCUCCCUCCUCUAUGUGACAUCCUUUUAUAUAUUUGAACAUGGCUAUCAUAUCACCCCUUAACCUCCUCUUCUCCAGGCUAAACAUGCCCAGCUCUCUUAGCCGUUCCUCAUAAGGCAUCGUUUCCAGGCCUUUGACCAUUUUGGUUGCCCUCCUCUGGACACGUUCCAGUUUGUCAAUGUCCUUCUUGAACUGUGGUGCCCAGAACUGGACACAGUACUCCAGGUGAGGUCUGACCAGAGCAGAAUACAGUGGCACUAUUACUUCCCUUGAUCUAGAUGCUAUACUCCUAUUGAUGCAGCCCAGAAUUGCAUUGGCUUUUUAGCUGCCGCGGCACACUGUUGGCUCAUGUCAAGUUUGUGGUCAACCAAGACUCCUAGAUCCUUUUCACAUGUACUGCUCUCAAGCCAGGUGUCCCCCAUCUUGUAUUUGUGCCUCUCAUUUUUUUUGCCCAACUUUGAUUUAAUUUGGAGAUACUAGAAGCAAGUAACCUGCUUCUGCUGUCCUUUCGCUUGUACAAAACUAAAGCUACACUCCUAUAUGUAGAGUGCUAUAUUUGCCUGGGAGUAAGCCCCACUGAACUCAAAGAGGCUUGCUUCUGAGUAGACACAAAUAGGAUCACACUGUAAAUCAUUAAUACCUUUGGAGUUGUAUGCAACAUUGCAUGCAUGAAGUUCCAGUCACAGAGAAAGACUUAUUCUGCUCUGCUCUCCCCACAUGUCCUCAAAAUCUUCUCCAGAGGAUCCCCCACCCCUCUUGAGCAUAUAUUACGGGUGCAUGGGGGACUGCAAGGGAGAAGAGGGGAAAGUUCCAUUAUGCAAGCAGAAGUCUGCUGUGCUAGUGGAACAGCAGGAUUGAAUAUAACCCAUCAGGCUGAAAUUCUAGGGGUGUAAUCAUACUAAACAUCAUAGCUUUUCUCCUGAGUAAACAUGCUUAAAAUUGCUCUGUAAAUUUCAUAAGCAUGCCAAAUAUAAAAUAGUUUAGGUUUGAUAAAAAAGUAAUUAUUGCACAUAUUUAAAUUUCACCAAAAAUGUCAGACUUCCGGGGGGGGGGGCAGGAUGGGGGGUGUUUCAUUCCUUCAAAACUUGCACCUUUUGGACUCCUAUUUGUUUAUAGGGGGUGCUACCUACAUGUUUUUGAAAUGAGAGCUCAGAUUUAAAUUUAAUAAAUUUAAAUUUAAUACAUAAUAAUAAUUUGCAAGUACAUUGGCCGCUCUGGGGAAAGGGUCAGGGCUGCCCAGGAGUGGGCCCCAGCCAACAUAAUGGCCAGGACAAGUUCCACGGAGGGGAUGCACUGGGACACCUGAUCUCAGUGAUCACGGACAGGAGGAGGAGUUAAUCUAAGACCAGACCACGUCAUUACCGAGGAGGCAGGUUUAGUCAUUGUUUGAAGACUAUCCCUGCCUCUGGGUCUGGUCUUGACCAGAAGGAUACUGGAAUCAACAAGGGAGACCCACAUAACCGUAAGGCGCUGCUGUGCAAUACUAGGUCAAUGAUUCAUAAGACCACUGCCAUCCAUGAUCGUGGAUGGAGGACUUGACCUGGCAUGUAUAACAGAGACUUGGUUGGACGAGGCGCAUGGUCCUGUUCUUGCUACUGCUUGUCCACCAGGUUUCUCCUAUGCACAGCAACCCAGGUCAUGUGGGUGGUGAGGGGGGAUGCAGGGGGGAGGUGGGAUGCAGUCAUUAGCUUGCACCAGGCAUCCUAACUUUCAUCAUUCUAAAAUUGUUGAACCCCCCUUCGGAAGCAGGAGAAGAAGGGGGAUCUUUUUCGGACUGUUUAAACCUGCAGAAGUGAGUUUAAAGUAAAGUAACUUUCCACCGUCCUGAUCCUGGAGCGGGGUGUCAGGACUGACGUGUGAAGCUCAUUGACCAGAGACAAACGUUUUUGACAGACAGCUAAAAGAAGAGAAACAUAGUGAUUCCACUGUUCCCUUUCGCAUUUUAAAGGAACAAAUAUUGACAAAAUAUCUCAAAAAGGAAACUUUGUUGCUAGAUUUGUACUUAAAAGAAAGAACAAAUAGAAGUUUUCCCCCUAGAGGGAGACUGUGAAACUGUAACUAAUUCCAGGGAGCUUGCAGCUGUUACAGAUUACAAUCGUGGGAAUAGACCUGUGACCUUGUAGGACAAUGUAUUCAGAAGCUCUGUGGUGUGCUCUCUGUAAAACAAAUGCCUUACUGGAACAGUUAAAUGAGAAGACGGAUUUGAUGACUAAUGCGGUCAGAAUUUUUGAACAGGCAGUGGGAAACUAUAUGGAGCCCACCCAGGAAUCAAAUCAGGAGUGUGCCCUGACAGAACAGAUGAGAGAAGAGGAUGUUGCUGAAAUUUGGGCACCAGAGAUGGAGGGAGCUGUGGCCCUGCAGGAACAUGAGCUUUUGGACUUGACAAAUGAACUUGGAAAAAGCCAGAUUUGGAAAGAUAAAGUUUGGACUGGUUUGGAAAUGGGGGGGUUGGAUAGACCCCCCCUAUGCAGGGAUGUUUGGACUUUCCAAGUCUGGCAAUGGGCCGGGAGAUGUUUGGGGCUGUGGGGGAAUUUUGGAGGAAUUCUGAAACAUGUUUUCAAAUACCACAUGGAGUUUAGUCUGGUCUUUGGAAAAGGGGCUGAUUUGUUGAAAAGGGUCAAAAACAUUACCAAGCUGGAGUUCCCACGAGUGAAAGGAGAAUAUGAAGAAGAGCCGCGGAAGGGACAUGGAAGAGACUUAAGGGCCUCGGAUAUAAGGUUACCAGGUUAAUGCGCUAGAUCAAUGGGAUAAAAAGGACUGACAAAACCCGGGACCAGGAGGAAAGGACGCUGGAUGAAGAUUGGAUUGUUUUUAUUUCUUUUUUAUUAUUAGGAUUGUUUUAUAAAAUUGAUGAAUGUUAGAAAAAUGUUGGAACGAAAUUACUUGGCUCUAGCAAAAAUGUUUAAAGAAUUAGGUAAGAAUAUUAUGGUUAUGAGAAGUUGGUAAAAAUAAGAUUUAAGUUUUAAGUUUUAAGGUUUUCUAUAAGAUAAGAUGAAAAUAGAUUAAGGUAAUGUAAUGACAGAAUAUUAUGAAAUAUGGAAAGGAUUUGCUGCGAUAAUUAAUAACUAGGAUACAAAAAAAGGGAGGAGGAGGAGGUCAAAGAAAGAACGUAAUGAAAGUUGAGGAUUCGAGAAUGAUGGAUUUGUUUUUAUUUGUUUGUGGUGUAUUUUUGUUUUUUGAAUCUGCAUUGUUUGAUGUGGUUUGUUUUCUUUUUGUUUUCUCUUUUUUCUUUUUCUGCUGUGUUUUUUUCUGUAAUUUUAAAAAUUUUCAAUAAAUAUCAUUUAAAAAAAGGGGGGGGGGAGAAAGCCUCCCUCUUUGAGGGAGUCUUCCCAGACCUGCUUAAAGAAGCGGUUAUUAAACCGCUUCUUAAAAAACCAUAUUUGGGCCCAGCCAAUAUGGCCAACUAUCGCCCAGUCUCAAAUCUUCCAUUAUGGGGCAAGGUGAUUGAGCGAGUGGAUGCUGAACAACUCCAGGCACACCUGGAGGAUGCAAACCAUUUGGAUCCCUUCCAGUCAGGAUUCAGGCCUCAACUUGGGACUGAAACUGCCUUGGUUGCACUGGUCAAUGAUCUCCAGCGGCAGGCUAGGGACAAAGGCAAAAGCUGUUUCCUAGUUCUGCUGGAUCUCUCAGCAGCCUUUGAUAUCAUUGACCAUGAUAUCCUUCUGGACUGUCUAGUGGGGUUGGGAGCUGGGGACACUGUUAGAUAGUGGUUCCACUCCUUUCUUUUAGGCCAUGUUCAGAAAGUGGUGUUGGGGAAUGAGUGUUCAGACCCCUGGGCUCUCAGUUGUGGUGUGCCUCAGGGUUGCGUUCUCUCCCCCAUGCUUUUUAACAUCUAUAUGAAGCCUCUGGGAAAAAGAAGAAGAGGAGUUUGGAUUUGAUAUCCCACUUUAUCACUACCCUAAGGAGUCUCAUAGCGGCUAACAUUCUCCUUUCCCUUCCUCCCCCACAACAAACACUCUGUGAGGUGAGUGGGGCUGUGAGACUUCAGAGAAGUGUGACUAGCCCAAGGUCACCCAGCAGCUGCAUGUGGAGGAGUGGGGAAGCAAACCCGGUUCACCAGAUUAUGAGUCCACUGCUCUUAACCACUACACCACACUGGCUCUCUAGGAGAGAUCAUCAGGGGGUUUGGGCUGGGUGUUCAUCAGUAUGCAGAUGAUACCCAGCUCUACCUCUCUUUUAAAGCAGAACCAGUGAAGGCAGUGAAUGUCCUGUAUGAGUGUCUGGAGGCGGUUGGAGGAUGGAUGGUGGCUAAUGGAUUGAGGUUGAAUCCUGACAAGACAGAAGUACUGUUUUGGGGGGACAGGGGGCAGGCUGGUGUGAAGGACUCCCCGGCCCUGAAUGGGGUAACUUUGCCCCUGAAGGACCAGGCGCGCAGCCUGGGAGUCAUUUUGGAAUCACAGCUGUCCAUGGAGGUGCAGGUCAGUUCUGUGUCCAGGGCAGCUGUCUACCAGCUCCAUCUGGAACACCGGCUGAGACCCUACCUGCCUGCAGACUGUCUCACCAGAGUGGUGCAUGCUCUGGUUAUCUCCCACUUGGACUACUGCAAUGCGCUCUACGUGGGGCUACCUUUAAAGGUGACCCGGAAACUACAAUUAAUCCAAAAUGCAGCAGCUAGACUGGGGACUGGAAGUGGCUGCUGAGACCAUAUAACACCAGUCCUGAAGGACCUACAUUGGCUCCCAGUAUGUUUCCGAGCACAGUUCAGAGUGUUGGUGCUGACCUUUAAAGCCCUAAACAGUGUUGGCCCCGUAUACCUGAAGGAGCGUCUCCUCCCCCAUCGCUCAGCCAGGACUGAGGUCCUCCUCCGAGGGCCUUCUGGUGAUUCCCUCACUGCAAGAAGCAAAGUUACAGGCAACCAGCCAGAGGGCCUUCUCAGUCAUGGCGCCCACCCUGUGGAACGCCCUCCCAUCAGAUAUCAAGGAGAUAACUACACAACUUUUAGAAGACAUCUGAAGGCAGAUCUGCUCAGGGAAGUUUUUAAUGUUUGAUGUUGUAUUGUGUUUUAAUUUUCUGGAAGCCACCCAGAGUGGCUGGGGAAGCCCAGCAAGAUGGGUAGGAUAUAAAUAAUAAAAUGAUUAGGAUUAUGAUUAUCCUAGGGAUGCGGGCGGCACUGUGGGUUAAACCACAGAGCCUAGGGCUUGCCGAUUAGAAGGUCGGCGGUUCAAAUCCCCACGACAGGGUGAGCUCCCGUUGCUCAGUCCCUGCUCCUGCCAACCUAGCAGUUCGAAAGGACGUCAAAGUGCAAGUAGAUAAAUAGGUACUGCUCUGGCGGGAAGGUAAACGGUGUUUCCAUGAGCUGCUCUGGUUCACCAGAAGCAGCUUAGUCAUGCUGCCCACAUGACCUGGAAGCUGUAUGCCGGCUCCCUCGGCCAGUAAAGCAAGAUGAGCGCCGCAACCCCAGAGUCGGCCACGACUGGACCUAUGGUCAGGGGUCCCUUUACCUUUAUGAUUAUUCUUGAAGUGCAGACUUCCGGUUGGUCGCCCAGUAAUGGCAGUCAGGAGCUCUUUCGGCUGAAAGAGCCCCAGCGCUUUGAAGUUGGGGAGACCACGAGAGUGUCGUGGUUCCCCAUUAAAAACCUCAGAUUGGGCGUUCUGAAGACCUGAUGUUCCGGCGGGUGCCUUCCAGCGACUCCCCUGCUCCCCGGUAAGCUCAAAGCAGCGAAGCUCCGAGACUGGCGAUCGUGAGUGGCCAAUUCCUUCACGAAGAAAGAUUUAAAAAUUUGGAACUGUAAGUAACUACAAAAUUAAUUUGGAAAAAAUUUGGAAGAAAAGGGAGACUUAAAAACGGAGGUCGGUCCCCUUUUGUUGUCGGCGUACAAAGACCAAAGCCUUUAAGAAGCAAAAAACUUUUGAAACUUUGCAAGCAAUCUUGCUCCCCCUCCUCGAGGGAAGAGGGGGUGUUUGUGUCUAGGAAAUUAUUUUAGGAAGACAGUGAAUACGAGAGAGCCUUCCCCAUUCUGCAGCGGACCACCCGGGAGGGAAGACUUGUAUCCAUUGUGACAUCACAAUGGAAGAGGAAACAUUCAAUCUCCGUUUCCACUGACUUUGUUACAAACUUUCCUGUGCUGCCUGGCUACACCUUAAAUUGACUAAAAAGUGUCCUCAUCCCUUAGAUUGAAGGGGAGUUUUGGAGAAUUUUCUCUUUGCCAUCCUGGUUUUUGGUAUUCAGUUUGUUUGAAAGAACAGGGACGCUGCCUCUGGGCCAGCUGCAGUGGGACUGGUGGAGAGAAACUGUUUUUCUCCUCCACUGCGCCAGACUGUGGAACUGACCUUGACAUUCCUAAGCUAUUAUGAGUUCAGAAAAAGUAAGACGUGGCUCUAAAGCCCAGCAAUUUGAGGAGUCGGUGAUGUCAAUAUUGAGUGACAUUAGAGAAGGUUUAAAUUGCAGUACAGCAAGCAUUGAAAAAUUGGAUAAAAAGAUUGAACUUUUAAGCACUGACUUAAAGGAAGUGAAAGAUGAGAGAUGAGAGAACCACGCAUGAUACAAGGUUGGCACAGUUGGAGACUGUUAGAGUGCCAGAUUUGGAAUGGUUGCAAUAUGAAAAUGCUCAUGCAAUUGCCUUUCUCCAGUUGAAGGAAAAAGAAUCGCAUUUGAGAUUGUGGGGGGGGGGGUCCCUUUUCUGGAAGAGGAAAAACUCAAGGAGUCUUUGAUAGGCUUUUUUGUGGAGUGUUGGGACCUGAAAAAAGAGGAAGUGGAAGCUUGGAUAGAGAAAGCUAUCCAAUUCAGUCCCAAAAAGGACACUAAAAUAACUUAUGACUGUAUAGUGGUUUUUAAGACCAAGGAGCAAAGAGAUAUUAUUUUGGGUCACCACUGCAAAGAAGGCCUAAAAAUCCAGGACAAAUCUGUGGUGCUCUUUAAAGAGAUCCCAUGCCAAUUUUUGAACCUGAGAUCCCAAUAUACGGAUUUGACAAACAUCUUGAGGAGGAAGAACAUUUUUUUCAGGUGGGAAUUCCCAGAGGGCCUAUCCUUCAAAUUUGAAGGAGGAAAGCAAAAGAUAAAGACCGUUGGAGAUAAGGACAGAUUUCUACAAAAGCACUCGGUGGAACUUGGAUUACAAAGCCCACAGCUGUCAGGAGCGGAGGCAGCAUCCUCUUAAUUUGGCAUUAUGGCAUUGAGAAUUUGUUCAUGGAAUGUACCGUAAAUGGUUUGAACUCUCCUCAAAAAAGGAGGCAAGUUUAUCAUGUUUUGGAAAAACAGAAUAUGGACAUAAUUUGUUUACAGGAAACCCACAUUAUAAGACUACAUAGAAAAAUGCUAAUAAACAAAAGAUUGGGACAAGAAUUUAUUUCUUCUGACAAAGUUAAAAAAAGAGGAGUGGUUUUCUAUAUCAAGGAAGAAUGGAAUCCAAAAUUGGCUUUUAAAGAUGAGGAAGGAAGACAAAAAACGGUUUUGCUUCUGAAAAAUCCAAGUUGGAGAUGGAGUUGUUGGAUUCUAAAGUUAAAAAUCUGUCUAAAAUGUAUAAGUUACUGUUGGAGUGGCAUACAAAGGAUGAACAAGUUACAUCAGUAAUGAUCGAUUGGGCAAGAGAUGUAGGACAUAACAUAAUGUUUGAGGAUUGGGAAAGAUUGUGGAAGAAAGGGGUUAAGUUCACUUCAUGUACAAUGUUAAAGGAGAAUAUAAUGAAAAUGAUGUACAGAUGGUAUUUGACCCCUGUUAAAUUAGCAAAGAUUUAUCAUAACUGUGAUAACCUAUCUUGGAAAUGUAAAGAAAAAGAAGGUACUUUUUAUCACAUGUGGUGGACCUGCCCCAAGGUGAAAGACUUCUGGGGAAAGAUUUAUAAUGAAUUCAAAAAAAUGUUGAAAUAUCCAUUUAUAAAGAAGCCAGAGGCCUUUCUUCUUGGAAUAACAGGUAUGGAAUUGCCCAAGAAAGAUGUUAAAUUAUUUUUGUAUGCCACAACUGCUGCUCGAAUAUUACUAGCUAAGAAGUGGAAAACGCAAGAAAUACCAACCGUGGAAGAAUGGCAGAUGAAGAUGAUGGACUUUUCGGAGCUAGCCAACCUGACCGGAAGAGUCCGCGACCAGAAUGUGGAGGAGUAUCAGGAAGGAAUUUAAUGACUAUUUAGCUAAAUACAUCAAGUUAAAUUAAUUGGGAAAAGUUUACAAUUACCAGCUAGGCCUAGGAUUUAAAUAAGUAGUGUGAGGAAUUAUUAUGUUUAAUGCUGAAUUGGGAAGAAAGACUAAUGUUAAGUGAUUAAGUUAAGAUUUUAAGAACUUUGAUUUGGAAAACCGUUAAAGUGAUAUACAUUGAAAUUCAACUAAGGGGAUACGAGGAAGUCACUUAACAAUAUUAAGAAGAUUAUUUCUAAUAAGGUUAUGAUUUAUGUUUAUCUGUUUAUUUGUUAGUGUGUUUUUUUUUAAUUUUGUGGAAAAUCAAUAAAAAUUUUGAAGAAAAAAAUAUGAAGUAUAUACCUUCCUAUGCGCCCUUUGCAGUAUCAGUCUUGAUUGAUUACCCACAUCCACUGGUUCAUACACUUCCAUGUUUUUCUCCUUAAACUUUUGCCCUUCUGUGUGUCUGAAGGUUUCCAGUUUUGGCCUCUCAGCAAUUUCAUCUUCUUAAGUUGAUGUUUUGGGCACCUGUGUAUCACCUGUGGUGGGGAUGGAGGCAGACAGGCAGUUGGGGUUGAAUAUAGUAGAAAUAGCAUGCAGUGCAAAGAAGCCUUUCCCUAAGGAUGGAAGCUGCAUGGCUUUGGCAGGAGAUGAUUACUGGUGCCAAAGACAAAUAAGAACUGUUGUUGUUGUUAUUAUUAUUAUUAUUAUUAUUAUUAUUAUUAUUACGCUUAUUGCUUCAGGUUUUCUUUAUUGCUGUUUAUAUUUGGUUUUAAUGUUUUUUGUUAUUUCUGUUUUUAUUAUGUAAGCCACUCUGAGAGCUGUCUGUGUAAAACACAACAAGUAUUAAUAGUAAUAAUUGUAGUUUUUGUUUAUUGUAAGCUGCCCAGAGGACUUUUUAUGGGGCAGCAAAAAAAGGAGGAGAAAUUACUGGCCUGUGUAUGUUAGCUGACCAUAGGAGCAGCUUCUUGGGCUUGCUCAGAACAAGGACCUGUUUUUUCCACCCUUGCUGGCUGACUGUUUGCAUCUUUCCCUUCCAGAACCCAGAUUACCACGGCUUUGACCCAGAUCCCGUCGUUGACGUCUGGAGCAUGCGCGUAGCCUUCUUUUUUGGCAUAUCCAUUACCAUUGUAUUGGGCUCCACCUUCGUGUGCUAUCUGCCGGACUACGGGUAAGGUCCAUUUGGGAAACAUUGUUCCAAGCUGUGCUGAGACUUGCAGGCUUUUCAUCCCUCACACAGAGACUCAGGGCAGCCCACUCAUGAGGCAAGAUGAGGCAACCACCUCAGGCAGCAGGAUCCACCAGGGCAGCAGAUCUGACACCCAAGGAAUGCAUUGCUAAGGCUGCUGCCACGGUGGCAGUGCCAGCUGCUGUGUGCUCCCUGGAGGCCGGAUCUACUGCCUCCUCAGCAGCCUUCCACCAUGCAGUCUCUCCGUGAAUGGGAAGCACUGCUGGUCUCAUCCCACCCCUGGGGAGGAAAGCCUGGUGGCUGCCCUCCAGAGUCUUCUGGGCUCUGCUCCCACUUGGCAGGAUUCAGAGCAUCGCCCCACCCUGCAACAGCCUUUGUUUCUCACUUCAGCCCUUGAGCGAGGUUGAUUUGAUUCCCUGCCCUUUUUCUGAUGUACAGCUUCACUUGCCUCCUUGUUUCUGAUGUAGAUCUACUUUCUCCCCGCUUCUGUGGUUGUGGGGGGUGGGGUGCAUUUUGAGGUUUGCCUCAGGCACCAACAUGUCUUGGGCCAUUCCUGCAGAGAUUCUUCGGUCCAGAUGUUUUGGGGCAGGGCAGGGCAGCCAGUAUCAUCACUAGCACAGCACAGCAACUCCUCUGCUUCUGACCUGUAGCUUCCCCAUAAGUCCAUUCAUUUCCUGAAGCACAUCCUGGAUCUCCCAACCCCUUCCUCUCAUCCUGCUUCCUCAUGAAGUGAUCCACCCCUUCUGUCCCUGUUUUCAGACUCCUUCUGAUCUUUGGUCUCAGUUUUGACCAAACAUUUCCCUUUUGUUGUUGCUGUUGUUAUUUUAUUUCAAAUUGGACAAGGAAAGGAAAAAGAAGAUAAAUGACAAUUUUAAAAAGAAACGGGAAUAAUAAUAUUACACAAAUAAUGCUAAUAAUAACAGUAGACCACCAUCAGUUCACAUUGCUGAUACAAUGACUGUCAAUACACAAAUCUUAAAUUAAACAUAAAUUAAUAUAAGCCCUCUAGAAGUCCAAAUCAGUAUCCCGACGAACUUUAUGCCCAUAUGAAAUAUGUUCAAAUGUAGUCAGGAGAAUGAGGCCCCCAGAACAUUAUGUAAUAGGUGUUGGGUAUGUAUCCUCUGAGGCUCAAGGUAGACAUUCCUUAGCCACCAUAAGGGCUCACAAAAAUCCACUUUUGUUGCCCAUACAUUAAUCCCCAAUCUACAAGGAUAUGUUUUAAGAGUACACAAACAUCAAGGAUUUUGCUAGUACAAAAUUAAUGCAAGUAACACCUUCAAACCAAAAGGAAUAUAUGUAUCAUUUCCCUUCCCAAUAACACAAGUGUUUUCUGUGCUGGGAAGGAAUAAGCCUAUAAGAAUCCAUCUCAGUACUUGCAGUUAGUCAGAGAAGAGGGGCCAGGGGCCAGGCUUACCUGAAGAGGAAACCUUUUGUCUUGUUUCCUUCUAAACCUUUCUUUUACACAUAUCAGCACCAGAUCACAGAUGUUUAUCUUAGCCCUGUAUUGUGCAUUCUCCACCUCCUUUCCAGAGGCGAAAUUCUCACGCUAGAAGUCCAGUAGCCCAGGGAGAAGUGUCAGUGGUGAACAAAUAUAACAAUAUUCUGCCAUUCAGAUCUUGAAGAAUGUAAAUCCUCUUUUAGUAAGCUUUGGAUACGUCGCAGGGUGUACACAUGUAAUGGUGAUGCAAAGCCAACUCUUAGAGGUGCACCAAAUAUUUAUUGAACAAGAGCGUCUACAGUUCCAUCAUAUGUGGGGCUCUUUAGCUUGGGGGGGGACAUCUCAGGGGAGAUGAACAGAAUCUUCAUUAAAAUGUUACAGAAGAGAUGAACUGUGCCAUACCUAUGUGGGUGAAGGUGUUCCUGCAGAUUUCAUAGAAUUUCAUAGAAUUUCAUAGAAUCAUAGAGUUGGAAGAGACCACAAGGGCCAUCGAGUCCAACCCCCUGCCGAGCAGGAAACACCAUCAGAGCACUCCUGACAUAUGGUUGUCAAGCCUCUGCUUAAAGACCUCCAAAGAAGGAGACUCCACCACACCCCUUGGCAGCAAAUUCCGCUGUCAAACAGCUCUUACUGUCAGUAAAUUCUUCCUAAUGUUUAGGUGGAAUCUUCUUUCUUGUAGUUUGGAUCCAUUGCUCCGUGUCCGCUUCUCUAACCAAGUUCCAUGUUGUUUAAGUUUUAUAAAUCCAGCAGCGAAACCUUCAGCCUUGCGCCUGCUAGCAAAUAGGCAGCCCUGCACCCAGACAUUAGCUCAGGGCUUUCUUGGUCACACCUGACUCAGCGGUCACCCAUCUAAAUGAGACUUGCCUUCAGAUCUCCCUGGAAAGGGUUUUUUUCUCUUGGUGUGGUUGUUCUUGAGCUUUCUCAGUCUUUCUGUUACUAUGCAGUUAACCAUUUGGGCAUAUUUAAGUCAUCUUGUUGUGCAUGUGUAUUUUCCUACUUCAAGAGGCAGGAUUUUGUUAGAACUGUACAAGAUGGAGUAUUAGAACAUUUGUACCUCUAGAUGUGACUAACCUCCUAUAAUUUAAUGAGAGCUUUAUUUUAUUUUAAGGUAUUUCCCUGAAGAAAGACUGUGCGGCCUUUUGGACAAUUUUGUGAUUCAAUAAAUCUUCCAUUCACCUCUAACGGUCUGCUUUGCAACAGUGUUUUGGAGCAGUAUCCCUUCAUUUUUGUACCCUUUUUAUGGUGAGGCAGAGAUCUUGCUUUGAGGAGCUCAGAGGGAAAGGUUUAGGAAAGAGAUGGAGGGAAUUAGAGGGAAAUAAUCAAAGGCCCGGAGUCUGCUGCUUGUGGGAGGUCUAAGAUCCUUGGGAGAUGUAGGUGGAUUUGACUGCCUGAGGGUCCUAUAUGCUCUGUGCCCAUAGCUGCCCUCUUGAUCCCUCUCCGAAGUGGCUUCUGGAGAGUCUAUUCUGAUGAAAUGUUGCCUUGCAGAAUUGCCUCUGGCACUGAGGCAGCUUUGCCCUGGCAGCAAUCUCCCUAGGUCUUGAGUAUGAAGAAGGCAGCAACUGUUAGCUGGGAGGGCUGCAAAGCUGGGAAGGAAUUUGUGAGGUUUCUGGACCUAAUCCCCUUCCUUGUACAUGAUCCUCAACAAGUCUGUGCAGGCUUAACCACUCAGAACACCGGUGGAUUCAUCCAGUACAUUGCCACUUCCUCUUGGUGUUAUUCUUGGGGGUCAGGGGAGAACAGAGAAAGCUUUGCCACUAAAUCUGACUGAUUAAAUGUUAUUGCACAACACUUAGGCACCCCAAAGUAGGAUAGGCCUUCUGCUUCCCAGAUUGGCACGGGCGAAAUUCCUCUUGCCCUCCUCUGCAUGCCAGGCUUUCCACCACAACCAUCCCAAGGUGGAAGCAGCUCCUCUUGGGCUUCUCUCACCCUGGCCAUGACUGUGGGAGUCACAGUGGGUGCUUCUCCCUGCAAAGCUAGAGUGCCCGAGAAACAGCUGUAAUAGGAAAGCCACUUUUACUGAGAGUGGAGGUCCUUCCCUCAGCUUUACAAGGAAAGAACAUGUUGCAAAAGGAAACAAAAGGGGGAAAGGCUACGAGAGAGAUGCUGUAGUCAUUAUUUUAGGGUGGGAAGCUAGCAAACUUCUUUCCCUCCCCCCUCUUAGGACCCUGGAUAGUAGAGGAAAAUGGGCCUUCUAGGAGAAGGGAGGUGUAUUGAGGACUAGACGCUUCCCUUCCCAUGCCAACUAAAAUACCCUCCUGGACUUAAGUCUAGUUUCUGGACUGGAAGCCAUUUUCCUCAAUAAUUAGGAAGGUGAAAAAUUGUUGUGGGUUCAGAAGAUCUGGUUGGGAUGGAGUUAGGGUGGUGAUUGAAGGAUGGAAUAUCCCUGCUAAUUGGCUGCAUAUUUUGAAUGGAGCCCCCCUCCUCCCACAACAACAUUGUCCUCGCUGCAUUUGUAUGUUUGUGAGAAUAAUCUGGACCAAGUGACCUUAGGAGGGGUAACCUGAGCCAGUAGUUAAUGAGUGCUCUUGGCUUUUUUGGUUAUUUUUAUCAUGUCCUAUCCGGGGAGUUUAGGGCAGCUAAUGCCUCUGAAUGAUACAGAAGGGCUUUGUGGCUUGCAAAGGGCUCUUAGUAGAAACCAACUAGAUAAAUAGUAAGAGGAGAACUAGGAAAUAUUAUAAAAUAAUGUUGGGGUGUAUUGCUAAUAUAAAGUGGUAUAGAAAGAAGGAGAAGAGAAAAAGGAAAAAGAACGUGGGUGUUUCAGAGGAAGGAGUGGGGAAACUCAGUCCUGGGGGCCACUAUCUCAACUGGCUAUACCUCUGCUCCCCAGGCCACACCCUUCACUGGGACCCUGGAUUUCUGCCAAAAUCCCAGGUGUUUUUGCCUGGCUGCAAUGUGUCCUUGAGCAUCUACCAUGCAACAAUGAAGUGUCCAUUCUUUGUUCAGCUUACCUUUGCCUGUCACCAUCGCUCUUGCAAGGUUGCUCAGCAGGGACUGCAGCCCCCAGCUGGAGUCAAAGGGAUGUGGCUUGCUUGGAACAGUGUGUGUUUGUAAGCUGGCCUGCCCUCGCUUCUGCCCUUUCCUCCUAUGUUGGCAGGUAGGCUGGUACAGAUGGGAUGUUCUUGCUCUCACAACCGUGGUUAAAAGAAUGGCGCAGGCUGCAGGAGCAGUGCUCGCUCUCCCGUCUUGGGUGCGAACCCCUCCAGCCCACUUUUAAACCAAAGCGAAGUGUUCCAUUGGCAUCAAUAUGAUCCACCACCAGGAGCCAGUGAAGCCGUUGUAGUGGUAAGUGUGCUAGACUACGAUUCAGCCUCCCUGGGUGGCCAGUCGCUGUCUUUCAGCCUAGACUAGCUUCUUCUUAGGGUACAAUGAGUCGGACAGAUGAAACAGGUAUACCCCCUUGACUAGAGGGCUCCUGUUUAACUGUGGCUGACUGGUGUAGAUGUAACAUCUGAAUCAGGCUGGAGGGGAGAACGCCCACAGUCCUGGAGCCUCUUAACCAAAAGUGUUACAUCUGCCCCAACCCAUAUUAAGUGCUUCUCAAGAACAACAACCUGCAAAUCAAAUUCUACAUCUAGAAGACACAGACCCUCUAAUGAUAAUUUUAAAAUGAUACGUCUACAAGUAGUUUUUCAUAAUAUAUUCUGCUUUCUGAUUGAGUUUUUCAGCUCAGUUUUGUUUUUGUUUUGUAAGGAAGGUAGAUGGCUGGGUUGGGUGAGCUGAGCAGUGAGAGAAAUGCACCUCCACCCUGCUGAAGCUUUUUCUCAUCCUUUGCGAGGUAUUUCCUGCACACUUCAGGUGUUUUCUCUGUGAUAAUGAGGGCUAGAAAAAUAGUUUUUCUUCUAGGGAAGCUGCAUUUCUCAGGAUGCUGGAUGAAUAAUGGGUUAUACUUGCUUGUGAGUCAAAGUGAGGUUUUUGGGAUAUGUGCAGCCAUGCUCAUGGGAGGCAGGGAGAGCAGAAAAUGGGAGGGAAGCACCUUGGAAAUCUGAUUAGAGCACCAGGCUGUGCCUGAAUGGCAGCUGGUGGGUGGUCCAACAUCCACGACAAGCUUUCCUCUCCCUCUGUGCCUCCAGACUCCAUCUCCCUUUAUCUCCAGCCAUUGGGCCACGCUGGCUGGGGCUGAUGGGAACUGGAGCCCAACAGCCUGGGACAGACACAGGUCCCCCACCCUGGUUUUAAAGGCAUUAGCCAUGGCCUGUGCAAGAGCACCCACCCCUUCUCCCCUUCUCCAUCCCCACUCCCCAGCAGCCCUCCCAGCCUGGCCCUGGGUUUGCGAAAGGGUUUGUUUCCAGACAGGGCAGGCUAUUUAGAGGGCGAGUUGUGGAAAUUCACCGCUGCUCAUGAGCCACUAGAAGUAAUUUUGGCAGUGCACUAGAUGAAGCUAGGUGUGCGCGUGUAUAUUUAGCUUAUGGGAUAUAGAUAGAGCCGAGGCCCAGAGCCGGGAGCCGUGCUGUUUUGGCUGGCAAGGAGGGGCAGGUUACAGCUUGGCUCUCUCUGCUGCUGACGCACAUCGAACCUUCUGAUCAGAAGCGGCUUGCGCAGCUCCUGCUCCCAUCCGCUCUGGCUCUGCAAAAGACCCUGUAGAGGAGCAUUGCUAAUGAGUAAGGCUUUGCCCCCAGCUUUUGAGCUGAGAUGGGAACCCAGGAGUCCUGAUGUGCAGCUUCCUCCUUCUCAUCUUCUGAGACAACACAUUCCUCUUACAGCUAAGACUAGAGCCCGUCUCUUUGUCUCCUUCCCAUCUGCUUCCAGUUCUCCUAAACAUUGUCGACUUGAGUUGUCCUGUGUUACUAAGGAGUGGGGGUGGAGGGCUCCUGUUGGGCAAACAGACAGGUGAACUGGGAGUUGAAAGGGCAAGGGUGGGUUGCCUGCAAAGCUGUACACUGAGAGCAAUGUAGAGGUGUGGUCAGGGAACGUAUUCCAUGGUUUGUACUGCAGCACUGCAGAAAUUAGAACUGGGUGCAGAAUUCAGCAUUUAGAGAAUGCAGAGCUUUCUGGGUACUGGAAACACUGGAACUGGGGGAGGCGGUGGGCUCCCGUGGCAGACGGAGGGGGGUGCUUAAUUCUUCCCUUGCUUUGCUGGGCUUUUCUCUCUGCCAUCCCCCACUACUCAAGUGGCUUUCCACCACUACCAGAUAUGUGACAGGCUCAUCAAGGUGAGAGAAGCAGCACAGGAGAGGGAGGCCCAGAAGGACAAAGGACAAGGGGGUGGGGAGCAGAAGCCCCUUUCUGCUUCCCUGAAAAAACCUGGCUGCUCCCACCAUUACUGUAUACAUCACAAGUCCUGUCUUUGCCUUCAUGGUGUUUCACCCACAGCUGCUGCAAAUCAGACCCCAGGAAGCACAGGAAGACCAAGACUUAGCAGGCAGAGUAUAUUUGGUGUAAUUCUGAGCAAACAGCACCUGUCCUGUUUGUCAGACACAGUUUCUAUUCAGUACUCACAGAGUUGGCUACUACCCAUACCAGGUACUCUGCACUAACUCUGAAUCAAUGCAAUCAUUUUAAGGGAAAGACAAAUGAAGAGGGGUUUUUGUGGGGGGCAGGGGUAAAGCAAUGUGAUGUAUUCAUACUCCAUACACCCUGUGGUAAUGGACUUUUCUUAGAAAAUACUGGCUUCCACUUCGUGGAAAAAUGGGGACUAGAAACUUGUGUUAAAAAACAAACCUUGAAGGCUAGAAUUCUUGGAAAUAGAAUGGAAAAGGGACAAAGUAAUCCUUUAGGACCUUCAUUCGGUGACUGGCAGUCAAUCACAGACACAUAGGAGCCUUUCUUCUGGGCACUGACUUCUGUGAAAAAUACUGAGUGCACAGUUGAAACCUUUUUUGCCCAUUUAUUGUAGCGAAAAUUCUGAGGCACAGACUUGCAAAUUCUCUCUUGCGAUGCAUUCCUAAACUGAUUAGGGUGACAGCCAAAAAUCUGUCAUUGCUUUGCAUCCCUGAUUCUCUGAAAGCAUCUAGUUAUGUUGACUGUGAAAAUGCUGGGAUAGAUGGACCAAUAGUCUGGCUUGCUGCUGCUGACACCUCCACACACACCUCGGAAAAGGCCUAGGUCUGCGGUGUCUUGAUUGUGAGUGGUGGGAGCCUGCCUGUCUACUUUUUGUGUUCUGGGGAGGCGCCAAAUCACAAGACAUAACUCUUCUCUAAUUGAUGGGGUCUCAUUAGCGAGGUCUUUGGGGAGCCUCUAACUGCUGUUGUGGCAGCAGGAGCCUCUGCUUGCUGGAGUUGGGGAGGGGGACAUGGGGGAAUUGAGCUGACAGCAUUUAGGCAGGGGAGAGGACCAGACAGGAGAGGAGAAGAGAGGAGAGGAGAGGAGGGCAGUGGAGAAAGAUGAAUGCAUAUUAUAAUGAGCAUCUCAGCUCUUUUGGAUAUCCUUAGUUAUAAUUGCAGUCUUAGCACAAAGAUCACAGACAUCUGCUUUGCCUUUGAAGCAGCCCACUCUUCCCAUUUUACAGAUGCGGAACUGAGGCUGAGCGUUGAGUGGCUUAUGCCCUUUCCAGUUGUGUCUGUGGCUGAGUUUGGGACUUGGAAGUGCAGCUUCUCUCCACUCUGCAAUGUUGUUCUGCAUUGUUCCAGCCACUGGAGUGUUCCUGGACCUCAUCUCAACCAGCCACACCCUUGUUGUGUGUUUUGCCCCAUACUCUGCCUGAUUUUGAAGCUGUGGUACAUGCAUAGGCCCCAAACAUUGGCAGCAAUCGGGCAGGUGGGUGUCAGGGGGCAGGUAAGGUCCAUCUUUAGUCUGUUGCUGUUUGAAAGUACCCUUAGGGCCUAGGUUUUCUCCCCACCCCCCGCCUCCCUCCCCUUCUGAAAGUCCAGGGCUGCUUACAGUUUAUUUACAUUUUAUUAUAUCAUCUUAUACAGGUGAAACUUGAAAAAUUAGAAUAUCGUGGAAAAGUUCAUUUAUUUCAGUAAUUCAACUUAAAAGGUGAAACUAAUAUAUGAGAUAGACUCAUGGCAUGUAAAGCGAGAUAUGUCGGUCCUUUACUUGUUGUAAUUGUGAUGAUCAUGGCGUACAGCUGAUGAAAUCCCCAAAUUAACAAUCUCAGAAAAUUGGAAUAUUAAAUGAAUUCAGCAAAACAAGGAUUGCAAAUAGAGCAAUAUUGGACCUCUGAGAAGUAGAAGCAUGCAUAUGUACUCAGUACCUGGUUUGGGCCCCUUUGCAUCAAUUACUGCCUCAAUGCGGCGUGGCAUGGAUGCUAUCAGCCUGUGGCACUGCUGAGGUGUUAUGGAAGGACAGCCUUUUCCUUCUAGAGUGUUCGGUGUGGCCCAUCCACCAGCUCUACAUAAUGAGGUUCUGAAAGAAAAGUGAAACUUUUCCAUGAUACUCUUAAUUUUUCGAGUUUCACCUGUAUUUAUGAGCCACCCAGUAACAAUGUUAUUGGAGUGAUGAGCAAAUAAAAUUGCUUAGCAAUUGGAGAAGACAAUCAAACACUAAAAGCCAAUAACCAAGGCAGGAGUACGCCACUCUCUCUUACCCUAUCUGCUGGCAUAAAAGUACAAGAGCAAUCUCGGGAGGCUACUGCUCCCAUUUCUAUUUCUCUUUUUCUGAAGACUCUUCUUUCUGUAAAGGCAUUUCUCUUUUACACGCACACAAAGUCUCCUUGCCUCCACUUCAGACUCCUUCCAGGAAGGAGGGAGAAGGUCUCCCCUCCUACACAGAGAAAGAGCUCUGCUCCCUGGCUUCUCCUGCCUGGCCCCUUUCCCUUUCUCUGUGGAGUUGCUGCAGUCCCAUUUGUCAGCCAGGGAGCUUCAGAUGAAAGCCCGUUUCCAGUCCGUUAAUAUUCCGCUUAAUGAGCUGACAAAGCAGAUCCUCUGUGGUUGCGGAGUGGGAAAUAAUAAUUAAACUUACUUUAGGCUGAUGCUUUGCAUUAUUGUCCUCGCUGCAGGUAGUGAGUGGCCAUUUCUGGGCAACAACCUCCCCUCCCUCUCCUGCCUCCUUCAGGUGGCUGAUCAGGUGGUGUUCUCUCAUGUAAGGGAUUGUCCCAUAGGAGUGGCACAACAUCUGGAGUGCGGGGUGGGGAUGGGGCGAAAGGGAACAGAGAGCAAAUUCAUUGGUAAAUGCACUUUAUGGCCCAGGGUUAUCAGUCUUGAAUGAAAGCUAAUGCCACAAUAAAGCCUGCUUCUGAGUUCCCCUCCAGUGCCUCUACUAGGACUGGAGAGUGUACCCUUCCAUUCUCACUCCCCCCACUGGAUACUCUGACAUCAGUCUUUUCUUAUGAAGUUGUAGCUAUUGACAUGCCCAUUUGCAGAGGGUGAGAGGAGAGAGACAUACAAAGAAUGUGGCUCAUGGCUGGCUGAAAUGCAAAAUGGGCACUUAGUCCUGAUACUCUGUGGUCUUAUUUUGGGGCGGGGAGACUAAGUGUCUAGUCCUCAUGGCUAUAGGCAAAAGAACUAUUACUUUUGCUUACUAAAUGUUUGCCAAAAAAGAGCACUCCUGAAUGCAGCUUCUAAAAGUCACUAAAUUUUUGUGCUGCUUCACUUGUCAGUGGCAACCAUAAAACCAUAUUUCUGAAGUUACACAGAACCAGAAUACUUUCUGUCCUUUUGAUGUAUUUUAUAAAAAUGUUCACAGCCACUCAUGAGUAUCUGCUCCACUUUUUUCCUUGAAAUCUUGCCUCUCCCAUUUUGAAAUCUCCACAGGGCAAUUUCUGUGGCCAAAGAAUUGGCAGAAGUGUGGGCCUCUGUUUGGAGAAUGUAUUCCACUGCAGUGCAUAAAACUGCCUGGCUGGUGAGUUUGAGGUUUGCUGGAGAGGGAGCAACCAAAGCUCCCCCCCCCCCCCAGCCACCCUCCUCAGUGGUCCUGAGUCACACCCCAAAUAAUUUUGCCUUGCUGGAAAUGUGUCCUCCUGUGUGGAGAACAGAAGGGGGGGGGGAGCGUCUGCAGAAACUGGAGUGCUGUGUACCUGAAAGGCAGCAUUGAUAUUUGCUGCUUUGCCCAGUUUGGCCACUGGCAUGUGGCUCUCAGAAGUUUGCCCCCAAGGGAACGUGGGCCCUGCACUGAAGAAGAUUCCUCACCCAUGGAGUUAGAUGACCCUGUGGGACAGACUGGGGGGGUGGGCAUGAGAGUCGCAGGGAGGGAGAAAAUCCAGCACCAGGAAGACAUAGCAGAGGUUUGGCUUUGUAGUCACCCGAGCUUUUGCAUGUGAACUAAGGGAGGGGCAAGGGGACACACUGGGAGUUUCGGGCCACAUCUUUCUCUCCUCCUCCCCCCUUUUCCCUGGGCCAGAGUAGUGAGCACCCGCAUGCACACAUUUUGAUCCACUGGGCUGCAUAUGUGCAGUUGCGCACGAGGACUUUGUGUGCCUGCUUGCCAAAGGGAGGGCCGCUGCUUGCAUAGAAAGAUGUUUUGGAAGAAGGACAGAGUUCAAAAAGUUUGAGAAAUGCUGGCUUAGAUGGUAGCUUCACUCCUGCCACUAGACUAGGAAGGAGGGGGUGAUGCUGCCGCCAUUGUCUCCCUCCUCUUUGCCACUAGAGCAGGGAGAGUUCAAAGGAUCCUGCCUUCCUCCCUCUGUUAAAUUUGCCUGACUUCAUGCUGUCUGUUGGAAGAGGAGAUGGAAAUAGCAGGGAGGGGCUGCAAACUAGGCCAGGGCCCAUUACUGCAUUCUGAGCCACCAAAGCAGCUGUCUGGUUUGUGUUUGUGUAUGUGGAAUCAGCUGCUUGUGUGCAUUGGACUUGCCCUUUGCUAAGAGCACUGACCAAGCCUCAGGCAAGAAGCCCCAGAGCAAAUGCAAGCAAAGGCCAUGCCUGAUCAACUGGGUUGACUGGUCUGUGCUGGGUCAGCUGAGGCAGGGGGCAAAAGGUGAUUUGUUGGGCAGAGCCAUGCCAGUCCGUACCUUAAUAAGGAAAUUGGACUAGGAUUGUUCUCUCUCUCUCUCACUCUCACAUGCACACACAGCGAUUCUGAUGUUUUCACAGGAAGCCCAAAACUGAAUAGAGCUGGGCUAAGCAGCAGUCUGGAGACUCCUUAAUGAAGCACUAAUUAAGGCAAGCUGCUUUGCACUUGAUCUCAGCACAGUAUAAUUAAUGCUGCAGCUUUGAUUGGGUUCACACUCCUAACUCCUUGUGCCAAUGUGGUACAUCCAGGAUAUAACAGUCAAACGGCUCCGAGUGCUCCUUGAUCAGCUGUGCCUAUAUGCAUUGCUAGAGCAGAACUGGAGAACUUAGUGACUCUCCAGAGGUUGUUGGACUACAACUCCCAUCAGCCCCAGCUAACACAGCCAACAGCCAGUGGUGGAGGCACUGGCAGUCCAUCAGUAUCUGAAGGGGCCACAAGGUUCCCCACCCCUGUCCUAGAGCAGCAGAAAGCAUGCUGAGAAAUGUGCUGUGGGGCUUGAGCAGUUCUGUAGAAGUGUCAUUCAGUAUCUGUCUCCCCUAAAUAUUCUAUAUGAAUCCCAUCUCUGAUUUGAAGACACGAACAGCCUUGGCCUGUGAUGACUUUUCUGUGCUCCAACACAUGCUGAACUUUGAGUGGAAUUCAGUGUCUAAUGCAGAACCUGGCUUCCUAAGGAAAUGUAGUUUAAGCAAGCUUCUGGUCCUCAUCGUCAUGCAAAUGCCGCACUUUCUCUGCCUCAUGGAAAGAGGCUAGGCCAUCUCGGUCUCUUCCAGGGAAACUGCUCCCCCUGACUUACGUGUCCUUGUGUUUCUACCCCUUCACCUUUCCUCCUUCCAAAGAAAUCCAAAUUCUGUAGCACCUUGCCUCCCUACAGUCCAUUAAGUGGCUGCAGCUGGCCUCUUCCCAUUUUUGCAGCCUGGCUGCUGUCCCCCUCUGGCCCUAUUUGGCCCAUAGCAGGAGCUGGGUCCCAUUACAGUAGAACAGCCUCCCUCAGUCUGGUGCUCUCCAGAUGUGGCCAGGCUGCAGCUGCCAUCAUCCCUGAACAUUGGCCAUGUUGCGGAGGGCUAUGGGGAGAGGAGAGUCAUAGAAUCAUAGAGUUGGAAGAAACCACAAGGGCCAUCGAGUCCAACCCCCUGCCAAGCAGGAAACACCAUCAGAGCACUCCUGACAUAUGGUUGUCAAGCCUCUGCUUAAAGACCUCCAAAGAAGGAGACUCCACCACACUCCUUGGCAGCAAAUUCCACUGUCGAACAGCUCUUACUGUCAGGAAGUUCUUCCUAAUGUUUAGGUGGAAUCUUCUUUCUUGUAGUUUGGAUCCAUUGCUCCGUGUCCGCUUCUCUGGAGCAGCAGAAAACAACCUUUCUCCCUCCUCUAUGUGACAUCCUUUUAUAUAUUUGAACAUGGCUAUCAUAUCACCCCUUAACCUCCUCUUCUCCAGGCUAAACAUGCCCAGCUCCCUUAGCCGUUCCUCAUAAGGCAUCGUUUCCAGGCCUUUGACCAUUUUGGUUGCCCUCCUCUGGACACGUUCCAGUUUGUCAGUGUCCUUCUUGAACUGUCCCAAGACCCCACGCUGGGGAAGGUUGGAGUCUAGCGCCCCGUAGCCCUUUCCUGUAUUUCCAGGGCACUGUUGACACCUUGCAAUAACUUGCUCUGCUUUGGUCUCUCUUUUGUCUCUCCCCCCAGGAUGGAAGAGUGGUCUCGUCGAGAAGCUGAACGGAAAAUUAAAGAGCGGGAGGCACAGGGGCUGCCUGUGCUUGACUCUAAUUAUUAUGACCCCAGUAAAAUUGUGCUGCCUCCAGAGGAUGAGGAAUAAGUUCCAUGAUGUCUGCCUGUCUGGCUAAGCUGAGAAUAAACUUCCAAGAUGAUUUGUGUUUACUGCCAGCUUCUCUCUCUCUCUCUCUCUCUCUCUCUCUCUCUCUCUCUCUCGUGGGUUUGGAAAGGGAAAGUUCAGCCACCUAAAAGGGGUGUGUAAUCUGAACAGUAUAGAGUAGGCCAGGCCAGCCACCCCACUCUCUUGAUGUUCUGCUUCAAGAGCGAUUGCAUUUGCUACAUAUCCCUGCUGCCAACAUCCCAGCUGCUGUGUUGUCGAGAUGCUGCAUGUGCAUGUUGUUAUGAGGAAACACGACAAUGAGCCCUGGGAUGCUGGCAGACGCUGCACACAGUCAAGAGUUAGCCUGUGCGUUGCCUGUUAAGAAACAGGCUAAUGCUGAAAAGGAGGGGGAAACAUCAGCAUUUGGACUCAUAGCUGCUGUUGUCACGAAGGGAAAUGGGAGGCCUGAGGGCUGCUUCGGUUUCGGCCAGGCCUUUCCUUGGCCCUGCCUUGGAUAUAGUAGAAUUUGGCAGCACCACACACUCCUGGCUGAAGCCAGGCCUUGAGCAGAUGGCCCUCCUGGUGCCUUGCGGUGGAGUGCUAUAUUUAUCCUGUGUGUCUCUGCCCAUCCUUGUAUGUGUAUCGACUGCGUAUCUACAGAGCCUAUCCUGUGUCCCUCUUGCUCAGUAUUGUCAGGACUGGCCGUGAGUCUGGAUUAUAGCCCUCCAGGAUCCCAAGACAAAAGCAGAGAUGUGCACCAUGUGGGGGGGAUUUUGUUACCUUGCUGACUUUUUUGAAAGACACUUCCAGCAGAGCUCUUCCACCGUUUGCAGCUAUGUCAGGGGCAGAAGUCCAGCAGAUGAAGCUUUCCUGUGUCUGUGCCUCCAUGCUAAAGUGGAACUGUGCCUGUUGGGUUUCUGCCUGUUGCAAAACUUUUUGGAAACGUUUAAACACUCUGACUGGCAGGGAGGGUGAGAUUUAGCAACUCCUGCUAAUCACAGAAGACAAAUUUAUGCCUGCAGAGUUUACAAUUGACCAUAGGAAAUAUGCACAUUUUUUUAUCUGUGUUCUUGAAAUCAAGGGCACUUGUGGUUCUAUUCCUGAAUCUCUACCACCUGUUCUGUUUUUCAGGUAUUCCUUUAGGGAGGAAUCCCCCACCCCCCUUUCCCCAUUAGUCAUGUGAUACACUGCCUUUCUUUCCUGGCCAUAACAAUAAAGCUGCGGUGACAGUC